GAGAAGUCGUGGUCACGCGCGCGGAAAGCUCGGCGGUUGGCGGCUUUUUGCUUGGCGUCGAAGCGCUGUUUCCCUCCCUCCCCACUGCCCCGCCUACCCUCCCUCAGCGACUCCGCUUGCGCGCGUGCGCCGUCGGCGGGUUCCCCUUGCUCGCGCCGGUAAUGAGGGAAAAACGACGGUUGGGAGUUGCUGGGCCGGACGUUGCCUUGGAGCCGAGCGAGGAGCGCCGGCGUGGCGGGUAAAGAGGCUUGUUGUGAGGAGGUUUUUUUGAGUGGGUGGCAGAGCGGGCUCCGGUGGUGGCGGCGGAGCGAAGUUCUGUGUGGCGACAGAAGGGGAAGCGGGCUGGCGGCCUGAGGCGGGUCGGGGAAAGGGUUGGCGGGGAAGACGUGGCACUCCCGACGACGCUUCUUCUCCCGCGGCUCUCCGGAGGAGGCUUUUAAAUAGGCGCAGGCUGUGUGUGACUGUUCUGCCUGUCUCUGGGCUGUUCCCCCCUGAAGGAGACCGCGCAGAGGACUACAGAAGUGCCUCCUCCGCUCGGCGUGAGCAUCUUCCCAAACAGCGAGGAAGAUCUGCUGCCUAUCAGGUGCAGGCGGUGGUCACGCGGUUGUCUGUAUCUGCUCGGAGACCCAGUACACGUGUGCGUGUGUGAAUUCACAGACGCAUAUAUGGGGAGAGGGAAAUGUCCAUGCAAUUGCUUGUGGGUGCAUCUCUCUCCAUGGGCGUAGCCAGGAUUUAUGUUGUGGGGGUGGGUGGCAGGACACCCACCUGUCAUCAUCCUCUGGCUGGCUGGCUCUGUCUAGCAGAUUUGGAAUGAAAUGUCCCAACAACCGUUGCUUUAAAUUGCUUUCUUUUGACCCCAAGUGCUCAGAAAAAAAUCUGUCAAAAUCUCCCUACAAUUUCUACUUAGAGUAUUUUUAUUUUUUACUUUAUGGGGGGAGGGGCAGCUGCAUAGUGUACUGGUGGAGUAAGAAGCCUCUGAAGUAAAGCGGAAGCUGGUAGUUUCCAGUCUUUUUUUAGGAUGAAACACAGCCUUGUAAAUAAGGCCACAAAAAUUACUAACCUGCAGAUGUUCUUAUUAACCUACUAAGAGGCUAGUGAGCUGCUUUUCCAGGCUGGCUGUGGAGGAAGGGCAGCCCCUCCUAUUAGCAGACUAAUAAUAUGCAGAAUGGUGAAGAAAGGAUGGAGUGAUUCAUCUCCACUAUGCUUACUUGCUACAUUUCUUUGCUGAUUGUGAAGGAAACAUUCUUACUUCCUCUUUUGUUAGUAUGGAAACCAAUCCCCCUUCCCCACCCAUUCACAUGCCUUUAUAGAGGUUCUGCUCACCUAUGGCCUUUAGGCCAGUGAGCAAAAAUACAAGUGGUAUUCCACCCCCCCCCCCAACUAUCUAAGUGGACAGUUACAUCUGCGGAUUUUACUUUGUCAUUAUAUUUGAAUCAGGCUUUCUGGCAUGACACUGACUCCAAAUAUCAUUCCUUAACAUUUGCUUUGUCUGCGCCUUGUAGUCUUGUGCUUCAAAUAACUGAUGGAGCAAUCCUAACCCCUUGCUCCAUCCACAGCAGCUCAACCACUGCAUCCCAAGCUUUACUGCUUAUAGUGACUAGAAUCAAAAGUGGUGGGUGGCUUGGGGGGGCUAUAAAAGCUCCAGGCAGGCUCAGCAGAGUGCCCAAGAAUUGAAACCUGCAGGGCUUUGGAACCAGAAGAUUCCAAGCUGCCAGACCCUGCCUCAAAAUGCCUCAUUUCAGAGCUCUCUAAUGGCUUAUAGUGGUAGAAUCACUGUUGGUAGCUUUCUAUUUCUCAGGGUAUAGCAGCAGAGGCUGGCAGGAGCUGGUGGAGGGUCCCUUCUACCUUAUCCUCCUCUUCCUCCAGCAGCAGAGAUUGAAAGGGUUAGGAGUACAUUCUGAGUGUCUUCUGAUAAGAGGCCCUCUUUAUCGUAUUUUCUGUUCACGGCAGUAAUUGCAUACAUCCAAUCUGAGUAGCCAUAGAAAGUCCAGGUAAAACUUUUCCUUCCAUGCACUAAGAUGCAAACAGGAGUAGGAGCUAGGAAAUUCAGGACAGAGUGGUUUCUUCAACAAAGAGCCCAGCCUCAGCCAAAGAAGGGGACUUGUGAAUAAAUGAUAUGGGGUAAGAAAGCAGGGCCUUGGAAAUCCUUGCUUUUUGUAUUCAGGCACAUGCAGUGCCUUCCAUGGUGCUUACACUUUGCCUGUAACUUUUUCUGGCUCUCUGGUUCUCUUUUUGGUUCAGUGGAAUUGCUAAUGUGUUAGAUAAGAAUCUUAGUGCCAACUCAUACAAUACAGUAUGGGUCGGUCCCCCCCAUGUAAACAUUUAGAAAUUUUCCAGCACGCACACUUGCAUGAAGAAACUCAUCACGUGGGGUAGCAUGUUAUGGAUGGUGUUUUCCUCGUUGUUGUAAAAGGUCUGUGUAGACUGUGAGGCUUUCCUGCCUAUUUAAGCCUUGCUCCAGUAGCAUACUAUAAUUCUGUUUGGGUGGAGAUUUUAUUAGGGCCAAUAAAAAUGCCACAAAAAGUAAGCUUUCAAGUUCUGUUGCAGCUGCAUCUGGAAUAGCAUGUACAGUUUGGGUUGCCUCACCACUUAAACAAUAUUGUGGAUCUAGGAGUCUUGGUUGACCACAAACUGGACAUGAGCCAACAGUGUGACGCGGCAGCUAAAAAAGCCAAUGCAAUUCUGGGCUGCAUCAAUAGGAGUAUAGCAUCUAGAUCAAGGGAAGUAAUAGUGCCACUGUAUUCUGCUCUGGUCAGACCUCACCUGGAGUACUGUGUCCAGUUCUGGGCACCACAGUUCAAGAAGGACACUGACAAACUGGAACGUGUCCAGAGGAGGGCAACCAAAAUGGUCAAAGGCCUGGAAACGAUGCCUUAUGAGGAACGGCUAAGGGAGCUGGGCAUGUUUAGCCUGGAGAAGAGGAGGUUAAGGGGUGAUAUGAUAGCCAUGUUCAAAUAUAUAAAAGGAUGUCACAUAGAGGAGGGAGAAAGGUUGUUUUCUGCUGCUCCAGAGAAGCGGACACGGAGCAAUGGAUCCAAACUACAAGAAAGAAGAUUCCACCUAAACAUUAGGAAGAACUUCCUGACAGUAAGAGCUGUUCGACAGUGGAAUUUGCUGCCAAGGAGUGUGGUGGAGUCUCCUUCUUUGGAGGUCUUUAAGCAGAGGCUUGACAACCAUAUGUCAGGAGUGCUCUGAUGGUGUUUCCUGCUUGGCAGGGGGUUGGACUCGAUGGCCCUUGUGGUCUCUUCCAACUCUAUGAUUCUAUGAUUCUAUGAAAAGGUUCAGAAAAGGGCAACCAAAAUGGUGAAGGGGAUGGCGCACCUCUCGUAUGAAGAAAGGUUGAAGCAUUCAGGGCUUUUUAGUUUAGAGCAAAGGUAAGAGGCAACAUGAUAGGAGUUCUCCAUGUCAUACAUAAUUUUAUAUACUUCUAACACUAGAAUUUGUGGACAUCUACUGAAGCUGAAUAUUGGAGGAUUCAGGACAGAGAAAAGAAAGUUACUCUCUACACAGCACAUAGUUGAAGUAUAGAAUUCACUCCCACAGAAGGCACUGAUGGCCCCCAACUUGGGUGGCUUUAAAAAAGGUUAAACAAAUUCAUGGAGGAUAAGGCUGCCAGAAAGUUUUGAACCCCUAUAACACAGCUUUCACCAACCUGGUGCUGUCCAAAUAUUUAGGCCAUAACUCCCAGUACAAAAUUUAUGGAAGGCACCAGACUUAGCAGGCUUCCUUUCAACUAAGUCCCACUUGGUUCAGGUGCACUUUCAAAUAACUAUGCAUAUGAUUGUAACUGUAGCCGUCAAGUAAAACAUCUAACAAUUAUAUUUAAUUGUUAGCAACCAAUUGUCAUGAAUGCUUGUUCAGGAGAUGUGUAAAUUGUAAAGUAAGUGACUUAAUUUAAAUAAAAGAUCUUAAAUCUAUUUUCCCCUUAGUGAUUAUAAUCCUUUCAUUCUAAAUGGAAUUCCUUAAAGUGUGUUACUAUAUCAUCUGGCUAGAUUAUAUACUUUUAGAGUGACAGGAGAACCUUAGUUUUGAUCCUUGUUUUUGAUGUGGCUGGUAUUUCACUAGAUUCUCUAAAAGGAUUAUGGACUUUAGUGAGAAUUAUGCAAUUUGCAAUGCAAGUGAAGAAUUCUGAUUUCAAAUUCAAACUAGCUGAUUUGGGGGAAUCUGUUUACUUUUCUUUCCAGAGAAGGUAGGCAGCAAUACUACUAGACUUGCAUUAAUGCACAGUGAUGAACUGCAGUUACCGCUUGCUUUGUUGACUCCUGUAAACAGCUGAUAAAAUUUCUUUCAGGUUAACAGUGGUUGGAUCAAAAGGAACUGACAUCUCUCAUCGGCUUCAACAUGGCUGGAGGCAUUACUGAUACAGGAGAGCUGUACUCACCUUACGUGAGUAUUUAGCAUUACUACAGUCUCUUGCUGGAGACAAGCAGCACAGUUAUGCUCUGUAUUUCCUGCUCCUGUUUCUUCAUGGUCCCCCCCCCCCCUUCUUGUUUUGAUUUUAAAUUGUGAUAGGCAUUUUAUACUUGUGUUACAAUACAUUUGGAAAAAACUCAGGAAACUUUUCUAAUACAAGGACUUGUUUGCUCUUUUCACCCACACAUGCUCUAAAAGCUUAUCAGACUUGCGUUUUUAAACAUGCAUUGAUGCUUAGCAAACCUUGCCAAAUACCCUCUAUUGAGUCUCUAGUGAAUAUUCAAAGUGUGUAAUUGCACUAAAGCUGCAUCAGCGAAUAAGGUUGCUUCAACAUAUGUUAGAUUAUGAUAGAUAUAAUACUAACAAGAGGGAAAAGAAUCCCAAAUAUCAUAGGCAAGAGGAACUAAGUAAUUUGGGUAGUGGAUAGACUAGCCAGAAAUUAGAUGUGGCGAAUUUUAUCCCAUGCUGUCCUUCCAGUCAUGGAAGUCUCUUUGAUCCAGCAGAGGAUUCCAUGAACAGUUGGAGGUGAUUUUCAUUAGUUCCACUUUUGUGCUGCUAUCACCUUCAUACCCUCCCCAUCUAUUUUUUUAAAAAAUAUUUUUUAUUAAAGAAUUUCUUGGUUUAUAAAAGUACGCACAUUGUUUCUUUUUUCAAGUUCUAAAGUCCUUUCUACAGAUUAGUUACAUUUGACAUGAGACAUUAGUGUUGUAUACAGUAUAAGGUUGGGGGAAGAAGAGGGGGAGGACCCCCCUCCCCAUCUUUUCUAGGGAAUUGGAGGAUCCUCUGACACAGUAUGGUGAAGAAAGGGGAAAUUUGCAAAAAUCACCUCCCUUUUUUGUCUGCAGAUGCCUGUAUGGGAACAAAGAACCUUCCAUGUAAAGAAGGACAGCAUUGGUUGCAACUUGCCACCUUCAAAGCAGUUUUCAGACUUGUGCCAUUUAGUGAUGUAGUUGUGCAAAGUUACACCAGGCUGUUCUUCUGUGAAGCUGAACAGGUGUUGUCCUGUAAUUUCACUGAAUGGAAGGCUAUCUGGAAGCCAUAUGUAAAAGGCUCUUCAGGGAAGAGCAGUGUGCAAGCAUACUAAAUACAUGAUUAUACUUUUCUGGUUGUGAAGUCUUUAGGGCAGUGACACAUUCUCUUACAGUCUAGACCGCUUCAUGUAACAAUAAAAAGACAUGUGCACAAAGAAUGUGCAAAAGAUUCCUGGGUGCAUGUUUACAUCAGUCAGUGCAGAGGCAUUCUGCAACACAGGGGACAAAGGUUUUUAAAAUUUGUGUAGCUGAUGGGCUGUGCUUGCCCCAAUAGGCUCUGUUCUGUUUCCAUAGUUGGAAUUCUUGUUGCUGCCAUCUUGCAGCAACAAGUGGUUAAAACAUCAGGAAAGUAUUUUCUUAAUAUAAAAAUUGAGAUGAUCAAAGAGGCUUUGAAAGCAGUGCACAUACAUACACAAGAGUUGAGAGUUGCUGAAGCUGCAUCCUAUGAUGCCCUUUUAUGGCAUACCAGUGGACUCUGUCCUCCUUCCUAAUAUAUAACCCAUCACAGCUCUCUGUCAAAGCUAUCCUCAUGAGUGGUGGUUUUCUGAUUGCAAGUGAUUUUUGAGAAUACAUUAAUCGGAUAGUGAUGCUUGCUGGUACAUUUAGUCCAUGGAAGAUUGAUCUGAAUCUUCAAGGGGAAAAAUAGACUCCCAAGAUGUUAAAUUACCAAGUACCUUACAGAUUGAAAAUUAUAGCACUGCAGAAAUCUUCAGGCUGUUGAGCAUAAAAAUGGUACUUGUCUCAUUUUCGGAGGGCCCAAAAUAUGAUUCUACCAGUAUCUGAAAUAAAUCUUCCCUCCCUAUACUGUUCUUUUUAAUCAGAGUCAAAGAAAACCUCCAAGGUUUCUGUCCUCAAAGGCUUCGUGUACAGAACCAAUUACGGCCUAGAGCCAGGAGGUGGUGUAUGCAGGGAAUGACAGUUCUGCCCAACGAGUUAAAAAAAUCGCUUUGCAAACUGACAUCUACUGUUUCAUCCUCUGGGAAAGCAGUCAAAAGAUGCAUUUGCUGUUCAGAUGCCAGUAAGUACAGGAGGACCUUGUUCUCUCAAAGAGAAGUGAAUGGCUAUGCAUAAAAGGUCUCUGAAGGAUGCAUUUGUAGUUCAGAACUUCUGCCAUGAGCAUUUGGUUUAUAAACUGUAUACAUUCCCUGUUCUUAAGGUAAUUUUAUUUAUGGUUACUUUUGGUUUAAAAAUUGUGUGUUUGACAGUGGACAUGAAUUCCAGGUAGAUGGUUGUCUUCUGAUAAUGGGCAUUCCAGUAAUUUUAAUAAGGGGAAGGUAGCCAUCAGUGGUGCUCUUUCUCUCAUCCUCCCUGCACUACUUUCUUGCACUUCAAGUCUAAUGGAUACUGUAUCUUAGAUGACACAUGAUUUUAAUAAGUUUAAAUUAUUUUCCUGCUAGUGCCCAGGGCUCAUAGGAAGCAGCUGUAUACUGAGUGUGGCCAUUAGUUCAUCUGCUUCGGUGUUGUCUGAAUUGGCUAGUAGUUGCUCUCCAGGGUUUCAAGAAGAAAUUUUUCCCAGCUCUACUUGGAGAUGCUAGGUUUUGAAUCUGGAGUCUUUUACAUUCAGAUAUUGUCAUCUGUCACUGAGCUGCCACCUUAAUUACCCAUUGUGGUUCUGACUUACCAAAUCUAUUCAUACAUGAGUUCUUCAUGCUACAUUUUAAUACAGAACUGUUUUAGUUAUGAGGGCACUGCCCCACAAAUAGUAAUGACUCUUGUUUUUGCUGCCGAUAGAGCCAGUGUUGAACCUACAGGAUAAAGCAGAUUAAAAAUAGAAAUUGUGGAAUCUGAGCCCCUUGAGGUAGUUCCAUUUUAGCACUUUGUACUGUGGGAAGGCAAGUAGGUUUUUACUAAACAAAAGAGCAAAUUUAUUUUGCUGUUACUAUUAAUGUAAUGUUCUUCGAUAAACAAGAAUAAUGCCUGGUCUUAGCCUGCCAUUUAAAAGUAAGAACUGAGGCAGGAACUAAUUCAGAAUAGCUUUUCUUAAGGGUUGAUUUUACUGUCAACAAGCUUGUCAUGCAGAUAUUCCCAUUCGUUAACAAGAUUCCUCUGGUGUCCCAAUAAGGGAAAAUUUCCAUCUGCUUCACUGCUAAAUAUACUUGGGAGGAAAAUUACUUGUCAGACUCCUGUUUGGCUAAUAGUUGGCAAGCUGUGGAAUGCUCCUUUAAUACCUCACAUCCUAUAUUGGCUCCUCAUGGGUGAAGUUGAGUAACUGUACCACCCUUCCCCCUAUUAAAAAACCUCAGCCUCUUUGCAACACCUUUAGUUUCAGAGAAUCUUUCCUUUGGAGUUAGAAACAUGGCAAGUGAGAGAACUUCAUGACUUGAGUAAAGGGCUUCGUGUCAUAGGGUAGGGACAGUCACUGAUACAACUCACAUGAUGUUUUGAGGCUAUGUCCUUUCACCAGCAUGUCUGGUCUUUCUGCUUAACUCUUGCUAUGUGGAGAAGGAGAUUUUAUCUGUAAUCUCCCUCAUCCUGAAGGCUUAGGUUGGGAAAACAAGAAAUAAACUAUUGGGCUAUUGGAAAGUUGUGGUUUGCAUAGGUGUUUUUUCUUUUUUUAAAAAAAACCACAACUGUUAAUAUUUCUAAGGCCAAACAUUAAACACUACCUAACUGUGUAAGUAUGAGCUAAAAAGCAUUUCUCCACUGAGACGAUAAUAUUUUCUAUAAAACUGCACCAUUAUAGUAGCCAUGUUGGUUUGGAUUGCCUAUGGAGGCUGCUGCUUUCUGGCCAUUUUGGGAUUGCUAGCCAAAGAGUCUUUUUUAACAACUAAAAGUCACAUGAUUUUAACAUUUAUGAUUUCUUUAAUUGCAGGUUGGCCUGGUUUACAUGUUCAAUCUCAUAGUUGGGACUGGAGCUCUGACUAUGCCAAAGGCCUUUGCCACUGCUGGUUGGCUUGUCAGCCUCAUCCUAAUAAUGUUCUUGGGGUUCAUGAGGUAAGAGUUUUCUGCAUGUCAGUUUCCAUUAACAAUCUACUGGGAACUUGUAAAUCCCAAAGGUGUCACUUGUAUCUAAGUAAUACAGUCCAUUUGUCACCCAGCCAUUGUGAUUUCAAUAAGAAAGUUGUGCCUUGGCCUUGAGGGAAUGUUUUACAUAAGGCAGAUCAGACAGUAUUCUUACCUAGUUCAUUCCCCCACAUGUGCUGAAGAGUAAGAAUGCACUUUCCUCCCUGCCCAUUUGGCACAUCAGCCCUUGCCUCCAUUGCCACCUUACAUCCAUACAUAGAUGUUCUAAUAUGGGGUGCAUUUGCUCGAGUUCUGUAGUCAGACAUUGGACAUUUAUUGCACAUUCUGAGCCCACACAUGUGGCACAUUAAAUGUGAACACCCUGUUUGAACGUUAUGUACAAUAGCAUCAGAGGCAAGACAGGUGAUGCUUGGAUGGACAGGGAGCAGAACUCGCUCUAGCUUCCUGCCAUGUGUAGAUUAGGAAUCUGGGUACAGUCUGAAUUUUAUCCAGUGAGGCCUAGCAUCUGUCUCACAGAUACCAGAAAUUACUGGAUACCUGCCCAUUUAAGAUGGUAGGAAAGAGAGUUCUCUCUUCUAUCCCAUUUCUGAGUUUUCUGUCUGUGGCCAAGUCAAAAGGACUUUGCUCUUUUACAUUUCCUCACACUUGAUGUUGUUAUCUCUCAUGGAUUAGGAUUGUCUUUUGCUCCUUAGAGGAAUUAUGUUUGUUAAUAGUAGUGAAAAGCUGAUGAAACUUUAACAUUGCAAAAGUCAAACCUCAUCAAAACAACUUUGGUUGUAGAAUAGGAGGUUAACAGGGACUACUGCCAGGCUUGCUCCUUGGCAUCUUCCUCCCAGGCUUCAUAGGAACAUGAUUUAUUCAGUAGCUGGAUGAUCUGAAAUGGGUUGCUAGGUAUCUUGAGCACAAUUGGAAAAAAGAUUUGUGAAUCUGACCAAGCACAAUAUAGAGGCCAGUUGCAGACUUUUGAGGUGGUUGUGAGGGUAUUUCUGCCUCCUUACCACUAUUGGGUGAGCUGAAUUGUGUCUAGCUAAGCUUUUCUUGUUUUUUUGUUUGUUUGUUUGUUUGGUUUAGGUUAUUAAAUUCAGGCUCCUGGGCAGGAGCAGCUACCUUGGUGUGCGGAAAACUUGUUUGCUAUGUCCUUUCCCUUUAGCUUCUGAGAACCAAUAUAUAGAGCUGAUUAUUAGCUGAUAGUGUGUAGCAUAUGCUCCACAAUACUAAGGUGUCAUUUUUCUGAUUAAAGGUAAAACCUUGCUUUAAAUUUAAAAAUAAAAUAAAAAGUGUGUGUGUGUAUCAUCUUAAUUGAUAAUCUACUAUCCUGAAUGUCAGGGAUCCACAAAAGUCAGCUGAUCUGUAGGGACCACAAGUCUCUCUUGGGUGACCUCCUUCUGUAUGUCCAAGAUUUGAGAGACCAUUUCCCCCCGCCCCUUGUGUUUCCACUGGAAAAGGGGUGCACUUACUGCAAUUGGGACGUGGGUGGCACUGUGGUCUAAACCACAGAGCCUAGGGCUUGCCGAUUGGAAGGUCGGCAGUUCAAAUCCCUGCGACGGGGUGAGCUCCUGUUGUUCGGUCCCAGCUCCUGCCCACCUAGCAGUUCAAAAUCACAUCAAGUGCAAGUAGAUAAAUAGAUACCACUCUGGCGGGAAGGUAAAUGAUGUUUCCAUGCGCUGCUCUGGUUCUCCAGAAGCAGUUUAGUCAUGCUGGCCAUAUGACCCGGAAGCUGUCUGCAGACAAAUGCUGACUCCCUCGGCCUAUAGAGCGAGAUGAGCACUCAAGCCCAGAGUCAUCCGCUACUGGACCUAACGGUCAGGGGUACCUUUACCUUUACUGCAAUUGGGAGAAACAGACUGUAUCCUUCCUUUGAAAUCUGACACCCAGGAAAUUGCAUAAGGAGGGGUCAAUCUUGCAUAUUUGUUGCAGCAUGCUUUGGGGAUGGACAGAAGAAGCAAGAUGCUCUCUAAAACUUGAUGAGAAGUAAAAAAACCUGACCCAGUCUCCUCUGUUGCAGAGGGAUUGCUGGUGACACAACUAAUGGUUAUCUACCAAGGCCAGCCUAAAUUUUGUGGGCUUCCGAUGAAUGUGCCUGCUGCUUUAAUUUGUUGCAGUUAUUUUAUGUAUUUUACUGUUCCAUUGUAAAAGUAUUGCCUUUCAACAUUGGACAGGGAUGCUCUCUUCCAGUGCCCUUUUACCCUGGGUUGAGACUGGAUUGCUUUCAUGUUGAGACAUAAUCUUAUAAAUUGCUUAACAUCUGUGGAAGGAAAGGCAUUAUAAAAGUGUAAGUUCUGUUGGAUGGGAAGCAUAAAUCCUUGCAGUACCAGUGACUGAAUUGCUUCUGAGGCUUUGUAAAAGAGAUUAUUUCAGAACCUUGAAGCCUGCCUGUAGCAUUCUCUGUCUCAUGCUUUGAUUUCUUUUCCAAUUCAUUUCUUGAUGCUGUUGGGAUAUGGGUUGGUUUGCAAUUACUGUAUAUAUUUUGUAUCAGCCUUGAAAUGCUGCCCACUGGUGCCAAGUCGUUUGAGAUUUUUUUACCCUGAUCCUUCCAUUCCUCUGUUUUGCACUUCUGGCUCCCUAAUAUCCUCUGGAGAAUGCUCAGUGUAGUAAAAGAACAUAGGGGAAAUUAUCCAGGCCUCUGGAUGUUGCUGCUGUGCUCUAAUCCUAGCAAACCUAAUUUCUCAUUCAAACUUGAUAAAUGAGUUCAGUUGGUGAAGCAGUAAGAAACCAUUUUUGUGGUUUAAAUAAGAUUGAUUGUAGUUUUUAGUAAAAAUGAGAGAGAAACCUUAACAUGGUCAUCUAACUGGGGUAAUGGCAAUUCAUUUAUAAGAUCAACAAAGCAAAUGGUAAUGGGGAAUGGGGACAACUGAUUGAUCACUUGCUCUCAGCUAUCUUCCUGGCAGCUCUUGGAAAAUGUUUCCAGUCCUUCACUUUUUAAAUCUUUUAAGUGGUUCCUCUAACUCUGUCUAGCAUUAGGUCUUUGAGUGCAUUUGGGUACCCAAGUGAUCAGUCUUUUAGACUGAUAUAGUUCUGUCAGUAUCUUAUUUGUUUAUUUAAAUAAUUUUGCCCCACUUUGCACUAUGUAUCUCAAAACAGCUUGUAGAAAAAAUAAACAUAUAUUAUGCAAUGAAGCUGAAUGUCGGACUAUUCAGGACAGGCAAAACAAUGUAUUUCUCCAAACAGUGCAUAGUUAAAUAUGGAAUUCUCGGUGGAAGAAGAUUGGAAGAAAUUCAAAGACUGUCUACAGAAAUAUUGUAAAAUUAAUGAAUGUUAGAAUUAUGUUGGAUAAAAAUUAAGUGGUUUCCAGCUGUAAUGCUUUAAGGGAAUAUGAAAAAUGGGUUGUUAAUAGGUAAAAAUCUAACAUUACUAUUUUAAGACCAAAGAUUAGGAUAAACAAAGAGGGUAAGGAUUUGCUGAACCAACAAAUUGAACUGGAAUACAAAAAGGGAGGUAUGAGGAGGUCCGGGAAACAAGCUAAGGAAAAAUAAGUAAUGGAAAAAUUGAGUGGUUUUUAAUCAUUUUUAUUUUGUAUUUUGUAUUUUGUAUUUUUUUCUUUUUUUCCUUUUUUAUUUUUAUAUUGUAACCUUUGGAAAAUCUCAAUAAAUAUCUUAUAAAAAAAAAUAGUUAAAUAUGGAAUUCAUUCUAACAAGGGGCAGUUACGGCCACCAACUUGGAUGCCUUUAAAAGAUAAUUAGACAAAUUCAAGGCUAUCAGUUGCUACUAGCCAUGAUGGCUAUAAUUUGCCUCCAAGGUCAGUGGAGUUGCUGGAAACCAUAGAAGAGGAAAAUGUUUUUGUGUGCGAGUGCUGCUUGCAGACUUCCUUAAGGCAUCUGGUUGGCACUGGGAGAGCAGGAUGCUGGACUAGGUGGGCCAUUGGUCUGAUGCAGCAGGGCUUUUCUUACGUUCUUAUCUUGUUCAGAUUAUUUAUUGGCCCUCAUCCAGCCCACUACUGUGUCCAGGCAUUGGUCCAGGUCUGCCUUUCCUGAUUGAGAUGCAAUAGAAAAAUAUAACUGGUUAUCAGCAUGGUAAUGACACCUUGCCUCAAAUUGUCUAAUGACUGAUCCCAAUGGCUUCAUAUAGAUGGCAAAUAACGUUGGAGAUAAAAUAGUGUUCUGUGGAACCUCAUAACAUAACAGUGGAACAUUCUUCUGAUGCUGGUCUCUGCUUAUGACCCAAAUAGAAACGGAACCACUGUGGCAUAGUGCUUCUGAUACCCAUUCCACAUCACUGGCCCAGCAGGAUACCACGGUCACUGGUUUUGAAAGUCACCUAGAGAUCAAGUAGAAGAAGCAGGGCCACACACUCAUCAUGGCGACCAAAGCUUUUUAGUCCCAUGCACCUUAGCUGCACCUUCCAUCCAAGGCACUAAAUCUCUUACAGCUACCAUGUUGCACCUUAUUAUAGAUAGCGGAAUUGUCCCCCAUGACUGCCCAUGAUCAUCCUGGUGUAAUUGAUGUAUAGUGACAUGUCCUAUGAAAUGUGCUUAUCCUAUAAUUUAUUACUCCAGUUAGAUUCAGUUCUGUAAUUUUUGACAUUUGGGGAUAUAAUCCACCAAGAUUUGUUCAGCAGGAAUUCCAUUAAAAUGAAUGGGAGUAACAUAAGAACAGAGACAUGAAUUUAUGCAGCUUUUUUCAUUUCAGUUAAGGUUGUUCAGAAUAUGCUCCUGGCAGAUGCAACACUUGUGCACUAGUCUUUCUGCUUUCUUCAAUGCUGCCAUGCGUGAGAGUCUUUGCUCAUGUUAAUUUUCUUUUGCCGUACUGCUAAGAAAAUGUCCAGACAUUAUGGGGAGCAAGCAAAUUUUCUUUUUCAAGUGUCUACACCAUUCAUGAACAGAGAACAGGGUAGAGAGCAUUUCUUUAACAUUAGAUGAGUCCUCCAGUAAGGGGAGCUGAACCUCCCUCCUAAUUUGUCUUACAUUUCUGCACUCCAUCACUUUACACACUUUUUGUCCAACUCAGCCCAGCCACAGUACCAUAAGUGAGCUGGAUUCUAGUGGAAAAGUCCCUGAAAUGAUGGAGGACAGGAAAAUAGAAGUGUCUGCAGCAGUGCAGCAUGGGGAGAAUAAGACCAGCUCUCCAAACCCAUCUGACUCUUUUGAUACAAAAAUUAGAAUCUCUUCCAUGCUUUAUACAUAAACAGGACAGAUGCAAGAACAACAAUUGUGUGACUGCCCAUACUGUGUACAGUCAUGCCCUUAAUCCCCAAUUUUGUUUACACUUUGCACCUUAGAAUAUAUAGGUUAAAGACUGUGGAGGUGGGGAUGGAAUAUUGCAACCCAUUGUUAUUAACCAACUGGUACUUUUACCAUUUUUCCGCCAGCUACAUGACCACAACUUUUGUAAUGGAGGCCAUGGCUGCUGCAAAUGCCCAGCUUCGUUGGAAGAGAAUGGAAAAGCACAAGGUUUGUAUGGCAUUUCAUUUGGUUGCUAAUUAUUUUUCUUCAUUGCUAUAAAAUCUCAGUGGAGCAGAUCUGUUUUCAUUUCAUUUGUUACGUGUUUACCUUAAAAUCUGGCUGUAGAUUCUGCACCAUGUUGCAAAACUUGACUCAUCACAAACUUAGCCAUUUUGUCCCUGGCACUGGGAUGGAUGCUCAGCCUUUUGGUGGACCAGCUGAAGCUAUAAGCAUGCCAGAAGGCUUUCGGCUGGAGAGGUUUAGUCUUUUUUCCAGCAAGUAAAGACUCCUCUUUUUUACCUCUUGACAUUCUGUUUCCUUUCAGAAUUCUGAAAUUAUUCUAUAUUUUGAACACUUAUGCUUAUUUCUUAUUCUUCUAGGAUGAUGAUGAGGAUUCUUCAUCUGGCGUUUCUGAUAGUGAUGUUCUUCUUCCUGAAGGCUACGAGCGAUCAGAGACACGACCUAUCCUAUCUCUUCGUAAGUAUCUAGCAAGAAACUUUUCUCACUCCUAUGAGUUGCUCUUCAGUGCAGAGAACAAAUGAGAAAGUUAGACACAGCCUACUUUCCCUGUGUCUUGUAUACACAUGCACAUGUAGUAGCUUUCUGAGAAACACAAUACUAGCAUUUUUACAAUUCAAGAAAACUAGUUUAUCAAGGUAUCAAGCCACUGGCAACCCUGUUUUCUCCCUAGCCUUGCUUCCACAGGGUUUCAGUGACACAAAAUGUACAACUGAAAACCACCUGAAUCUUUUUUAUAUGAAAUCAUUUGUGAGUUUCCUUUCAGACCAAAAUGUUAACUCUGAGCCAGCAUCUUAACUUACAACAACCUAUAGCCUUGCAAGUAAAAUCCCAAAUGUAAUAGUUUGCAGAGUUUUAUUCGUCCUUCUGCCUUGCAUGUACCUAAUUUGUAGGGGGGAGGGAAAUCUCAACUGUUAUAAAGUUUCCUUUUCUGGUCUCCUGCAGGCAAUUAUUGUUAUAAGCAACACAGGAAAGUGUUAAUUUACAUGUCUGAGCAAGAUGGAGAGAGAACAGGUUGUGGCUUGAGCGGGACCCAUCUUUGAGAUGUAGGCUAAGAGUUUCCUUCCCUCUAACCCUGCAGAGAGACGAGGAGCACCUAACGUUUUUGAAAUCACUGAAAGGGUGGAGAUGGGUCAGAUGGCAUCCAUGUUCUUCAAUAAAGGUAACUACCUCCAAGCCACGAAGGCUCUAUUUCAUAUUAUGUAUAUUUGGUUGUUUUUUAUUUAACCUAGCUUUUGUCAGAAUCUCUUAGUAGUUGGUGUUUUCCUUGAGGAAUGACAGUUUCAAGUGAAAACUACAUGUGCGAACCAUAAUAGGAAUCACCCACUUUUCCAGAGUGUUUCUGAAUGGUUCCUAAAGCCUAAAUGUCAAGUUUGACACCCCACCCCAUGUGAAUAUAUAACUUCUUUUAAAUAGGGAUAUUUAAGGCUUUUUGUGGUCUCAAAUCUGCUUGAGAUACUGAAUACCUACUUCUCCUGGCUACUAAUUAUGUCUGGAGGUGGAGAAACAGGUACCAUCUUGUCUGUGUGUUCAUGUAUUUUGGCUUCGAGAGACAUAGUCUCACUUAAAAUAAAGUUUUAAGUGCUUGUAGUUUUAAAGAAAAGAUUGACAUGUGACACUAAUCUAUCUUUCUGUCUCAGAGUGUAAAUAAUUAUCUCUGAUAAGGCUUGAAUUUUUUUAAAGGAAUGAAUAUAACACAUCUGGACUGGCAGUAGAAAGUUAGUCAGCUGAAGAACUUUGCUGUACAUAAAUGCCGUAUUAAAUAGUCUCAAAAUGUUUACUAAUAUGUAUUGUGCUCCAGGUAACAAUUUUUGCAGUGCUGUUAAAGGUGCUGAACAUUUUCCAUAUCCCUAAUGUGCUGUACUCCUCAUCCUGGAUAAAAGCAAAUAGUAAUUUAAAUUGCAUCCUGUUUGCACUUUUGCACUCUUUCAUUCUCAAAGAAACCACUGAAGUUCUUGAGCAAUGGUAGAGCUACUUGACAUAGGAGUUAGGGUUUGGGAACUGGAGCUAGCUACUAUAAAAAAUUUUUUACUGUUGGGUGUAUUUCAAUAUGACAGAAGGAACUUGGUUUUGGGUUUGGUGUUAAUGAGGCUUGUUGAGAGCAGUACAGAUAAAAUAAACCUGUGAGUGACAUCCUAGUGAGUGGGUAGGUUGUAAAGAUUCAGCCCAAUUACAGAUUCAUUUAAAUACUUAGCCCAGAUUGAACUGCUAGAGAUAUGAACCGCUUGCCUUGAAUGGUAUGCUAGCAUUCUGUUUUAAUUGCUGUGAUGGAUAACUUCACCCAGCAGAGGGUGCUCAGGUCACAUGUGUGAAUUCAGAACAGUAGUAGUUGAAUAUUAUUUAAUUAUUUAAUUAUUCAACUUGUAAUUCACACAAAACCUUCAUUCUUUAGUUUUCCCUUUGCCAUAAGUAGACCAUGCUGUCAAGUUCCUUCUUUUAGAUGAGAGAAUGUGAAUAUUGAAUAAUUACAGGAGGUUUGGUGAAAGAAGCCCCCCCCCCCAAGUCAUGGAUACCUGUAUUUCCACGAUAUUUGCUUCUGUUCUGUCUUAUGUAUUAAGUGACAUCUUAUAUGUUAUAUGUUAAAGUGACAUCUUGGUGCUCAGAGUUUUGAAAGCAUCAUGCAGGUUUCACAGAUCCACAAGUACCUUGACAGUAAUGGAAGUUAGCUUUCUGAGGAUCUCUGAGCUCUAUAAAACAACUAGUUUCUGUAUCAAGAAAAGUUGUCCAGAAAGUUUUAAAAUGUGUGGAUGGUGUCUGUGAAAGAUCUUGAAAUGGAUUUUGGAGGUGAUGUUAAACCUGUAGCCUCCAUUUGUGCCCUUUAGGUCUGAUAUUAUUCUCAUUUUCUUACCUCUGCUGCAUCUCUUUCCUUGUCAUAACUGUAAUGCAACAGUAAGUCAUCAAUUUAUGCAAAUUUGGAUAGUACAGGAAGAUGAACUUUUUGAUGGAUCACAGAUCCUUGACAUGUCAAGAAAAUUGGCUGUGCAUUUUGGCAGACUGUUUUUUUACACACAACUUUUAUGGAUGAGCUGAAAGCCAAUGUUUAAUUAAACAUGUAUUACAGCAGACAUAGGCAAAUUCGGCCCUCCAGAUAAUUUGGGACUACAGUUCCCAUCAUCCCUGACCACGGGUCCUGUUAGCUAGGGAUGAUGGGAGUUGUAGUCCCAAAAUAUCUGGAGGGCCGAAUUUGCCUGUGCCUGUAUUAGAGUGACCAGCUUAGUGUUUAAAUCCUAGAGAGUGAUUUUGAAAGACAGGGCAUUCAGAUUGGCCGGACUCUCUUGGGUUUCAAUCAGCACACUAUUGUGGCCCCUUUUAAAAGUUGCUCGAGUCACUUGAUCUCCUUCAGAUAGGUGGUAAUGAGGAUUUCCAUAGAGAGCCAUUUCCCCAAACUUCUCAGGUAAUUUUAAGAGGUUGCAGAUCCCACAGAUCAUUUGAUAGGCAAGAUAUUUUGAUACUAGGCUUGAAGAGCCUCUUCAUUUUAAAGCAGAGUUGGACAACCUGUGCCCUCUGGAUGGUGUUUUAGUACUACUCCCCAAAUCCCUAAUCACUGGCCAUGCUAGCUGGGACCAAUGGCAGUUGAGAGUUCAGCAAUGUAUGGAGGGCCACAGGUUCCCCAACCCUAUUUUAAAGGCACCAAGUAGGCCCCAUCAUUCUGCCCAGAUACUGAGGUCCGGUGCCGAGGGCCUUCUGGCAGUUCCUCGCUGUGAGAAGCCAAGUUACAGGGAACCAGGCAAAGGGCCUUCUCGGUAGUGGCGCCCGCCCUAUGGAACGCCCUCCCACCAGAUGUCAAAGAGAAAAACAACUACCAGACUUUUAGAAGACAUCUGAAGGCAGCCCUUUUUAGGGAAGCUUUUAAUGUUUAAUAGACUAUUGUAUUUUAAUAUUCUGUUGGAAGCUGCCCAGAGUGGCUGGGGAAACGCAGCCAGAUGGGCGGGGUAUAAAUAAAUUAUUAUUAUUAUUAUUAUUAUUAUUAUUAUUAUUACAUUAAUGGCUUCUGUUUACUACCAUGCAUCUCCUGUUCUUGCUUCAUCUAUUCAUCUUUGUUUCUGGGCAGCUUGUCUGGUUUGUGUAGAAGCCUUUCUCCUCCAGUUGGUUUGGAUGUCUUCGCCUCCCCUCUGAAGUGCCAGAUCUUUUCAACUGUCUUAAUUCUCUAAUCCCAUCCCUUCAGAACUCAACCAGGCUUACUGCAGUUAAGCAUAAUCAGAAUUUGCACAUGCAUUUUUCAGUGAACUAUAGCAAUUAUUUGCUCUUAAGGGAGAACUUCUUACUGCCCCAUUCUGUGUAUUAUGUUGUUUUAUUUGAACCCCCAAACAAGUCUGCACAGUGACUGUAUGCUAAUGUUACACCCCGACCGCAACCUGGCAGGUUUGCUAUUAGGGUCAUGAGAUUUAUGCAGUACAGUCAAUGAAUAAGGCUUUCAGAGUUUCAUGGCUAGGUGAAGAUGUGUUGCGGCUCUGUUAUACCUUCUUUUGAGAGUUAUUGGCCUGUUAAAAGCAAAAUCCUUGUUUUCACUGUAUUCUUUGCUCAUUUCCCUUGACUAUCUUAACAAUUUGACAUGUUCUGGAUCUGCAAUCUUAAGAGUUGAGCUGUGUAUAAAUCUUCCACCUCUGACUUGUCUGCUUUCUGUAGGGAAUAGAUUUGCAGUCUUAACUCUAAGGAGAAAAAAGGGCCUCUGGCUGUGAAGGGAAUCUAUUCUGAAGGAUAGUUGGGUGCUCUUUAUCAGGGAUCCAGAAGUCAUUUAUUGUAAUAAUGGAUUCAAGGCACAUACAUCAUGUACCAUCCUUGCAGGAAGUCAUUGAUCUUCCUGUUUUGUGUCCAGUAAUGAAAGUAUUGAUCAAUGAAGGUUGGUGGCAGUUUAUAAAACAGAAACAACACUAACGUCUAUCUGUAGGUGGAGAGGGUGGAGGCUAUUGGGUGGUGCUUUCACCCCAAAUCCUCAGCUGAGAUCUGUGCCUUGAAUAAACAACAUAGAAGUGGGUCUGAGAUGUUCUGCAGAGGACAACAGGAUUGGUUAAAAUGUUGUGGUUUCAAAUUGUUAGAAGCUUUAAAAUAUUUAAAAUACAGAUUAUCUGAAUAUUUUAAAUGCUCUGAGCCACUGUGGCUAAGGCACAGACCUUUAUUUUGCCAAACUAAUGAAAGCAGUACAUUCAACUUUUGUUUUCUGCAGAGUUCCUAGUGUAAAUUAGAUGUAAGAGGGCUGUAGUCAAGUGACCUAGCAGCUUGGGCACCGUACCUGUUGGUCUGAUGGCAACAGUGAAUAAUAGCAAUUCUUCCUUCCAUCCCCUUCACUGUGUCCUUUUACCAUGUUCAUUUACAAGGUACUGUUUAGGCAUUGAUUGAUAAUCAUUUGGGGAAACCAAUCUCCUGAGUUGUGGUGACCUUUUCAAGCAUUUGUUAAAGCAUGCUUCCUUUCAGCUUUUUCUCCAUAGAUGUCAACACUUUAAAAGAAAGAUCUCGCAUCUCUUAAGACAGAAUUUUCCUUUGCUUGCUAGUAUUCCAUGAAGCCCAAAUGUCAUAUAUCUUUUUACUGAUGCUGAAAAAAGAUACUAUAUCUUUUCUGUUUUAUUUUAUUUUAUUUACCUAUAUAUGUUGGUAAAUAAAAAGUUGUGUAAAGUGAGUAUAAUUUCCAUAUUUUAUUUUGUUUGAUAUUUACUUAAAUUUGAAAUUCUGGAUGUGACACUUAAAGCUGCUAUCCUUUACACAGUUAUUUGGGAGUAAGCUCCAUUAAACCUAUUGCAUCUUAUUUCUGAGAAAACAUGGUUAGGAUUGCUGUGUUGGACUUGGUGUCACUUUGUAUUAUGAAAAACUAGCUGUGGACCUAAUUUUGGAGUCACUACUGUGGAUAAAUGACGGCACGACUCACUGCACUGAUGUACAUACAUAUUGGAUAUGAUAGGAGGACACCUAAUUUUGUUAAGCUUUCUUCACCCUUUUUCUUCUGUCCCAUUUAUCCAAGUAAUGCUGAGAUACUCACUCCUAUUUAAAUGUAAGGAAUAGCUGUGAUCUCAUUUCUCAAUCUUUCCCAAUAUGAAAUGUGUACUCUUCCGGAGGCUCUGUGAUAAAUUAAAGGCACUAUUAAUGUCUUUCUGAAUAUAGGAAAAAUAUUUUUGGCUGCAGUCUUUUGCGAUCCUCUCCUUGUAGUCAGUUAUUGAUGUAGUGUUUUUGGACUCCAACUCCCAUCAGCCCGAGCUAUUAUUGCCAGUGUUGAUGGGACUUAUAGUCAGCCAGCAUCUGAAGGGCUACAGGUUCCUCACUUCUGGUGUAGUGAAUAAUUGUUUUCUUUACUUAACAAAUUAUUUUCCUCCCUUGGUCAGAAGGUUAUUGCAAACUGGUUUGCACUGUUUUCUUUUCACAUGUUUUUUGAGAUAUGAAUUUGUGUUAAGGCUUUGACAUUGUAACUUCCAGGACAUGUGAGUUCUCCCUGGUGUUCAAAGCAGAAUUCUCAUAUCUCCCCCACAGAUAUUUGCACCUGUAGUUCAUAUAUCUCACUGUAGGGGAAGAAAUAAAAAAUGGUGAUCAUAUGGAUCUUUCUGGAGACUUUGGUUCUCUUUUAAAUGGCUAAACAUGAGGUGGGCUGUCCUUUAGGUCAUCUGGGAUCUGUCACAGGGAAAUUCUUUGGAUGACACAAAGAAACUCAGAAUAGGAAUGGCAAGGCACUUCUGCUCUCCUCACAGAUGGCCACACCUAAACUCGAGAGCCAGUGUGGUGUGGUGGUUAAGAGUGGUAGUCUCGUAAUAUAGGGAACCGGGUUCGCGUCUCCGUUCCUCCACAUGCAGCUGCUGGGUGACCUUGGGCCAGUCACACUUCUUUGAAGUCUCUCAGCCCCACUCACCUCACAGAGUGUUUGUUGUGGGGGAGGAAGGGAAAGGAGAACGUUAGCCGCUUUGAGACUCCUGAAGGGGAGUGAAAGGCGGGAUAUCAAAUCCAAACUCUUCUUCUUCUUCUUCUUCUUCUUCACUUCUAGGCCUCGUACUGUCAUAAAGCACAGCUGUGAAUUGCUCUAAAGCUUCUAUUUUUUUAGUAGCAGUGGUGCCACAACAAUUUAGGUGUCAAUAUAUGGCUCUGUUCUGUUGCCAAGCUCAAAAUCCUGUGUUAGAUUGCAUCAUAAAACACUCCACCAUAACAGCUGAAGCAUUUUGUAUGGUGGAGCUGCUAGUGUAAUGUGCAGUUAGAAGUUGUGCACCAAAAUUCUAGACUAGAUUAGUAUUCCUGUCAAGCUCCUUUAUUUUUUGCUUUCUUACAAUAUUCCUGUCUUCUCUCCUUUUAUAUGAAACAAUGCAUGUUUUGUUUCCUUGUCUCAGCGGCCUUUGGAAAUGAAAUCUGUUCAGAUUGAGGCAUUCAGUUCUAUUUCUUUUAAGUCAAGCUGGUGCAUUUUGGCAUCUCUUUAUCCUUAUUGAUUUCUACUCAUCAAAGCAGAGUUUGUUUGCCUCCCGGUAAUUCGUUUUGUCUGUGAAACUAUAAAGUCUGUCUCACCUGCGUCCUCUAGAGCAAGGGUAUGGUGGCAGUGAAUAUUUUCCUUGAUAAAACGGAAUAUAGGAUAGGUAGCAUUUUAUGGCGGGGUGGAGAAUAUUUUUCAGUCUGGGGGUCGCAUUUUACUUGUAUACAUUAGGUUAAUUUACGCUCACUCACAUGCCUGCAUGCCCUCCAGCUAGGCCAGAAAAGGCACUGUUAAAUGCCACAUUCCAGCCACGCCAAAGCACUCAAGGAGGGAGCCAAAGCAGAGUCUGUGAGGGACAUGGCAGGGGAGGGGGUGUCACAUGAAAAUAGCCAGGUAUAGUGGCAGGCAUUCUUGGCCCCUGGGUAUGAGGUUCAGCACUUCUGUUUUAUGGGAUGCAAACUUUGUGGAAGUAGAAUUGCACCUGGUUUUUAAAUGGAGCUACUAUAGAACUGGUGAGGUUAAUGCAGGCAUUUGAUUACAUAUCUGCAGGGUAAGGAAGUCUGAAGCAGGAAAGGCCAAGUCAUCUUUUCAAAAUACCCUCCUUCUGACUAAUAUUGGUUACCAUUGUUUGCUGUGUGAUAAUGGCUGGUUUUAAGCACCUUGCUUGUGCUCUUACAUUACACAAUGCACUGUAUCUGAGCUUGCCCCUAGGCCUAGCUCAGAAGCUCUAGCUGGUACAGAAAUAUCUGCAUGGGCUGCUCAUCAUCAGGGCUUGCCGAUCAAAAGGUCGGCAGUACGAAUCCCCGCAACGGGGUGAGCUCCCGUUGCUCGGUCCCAGCUCCUGCCAACCGAGCAGUUCGAAAGCACGUCAAAGUGCAAGUAGAUAAAUAGGUACCACUCUGGCGGGAAGGUAAAUGGCGUUUCCAUGCACUGCUCUGAUUUUCACCAGAAGUGGCUUAGUCUGUCUGCAUACAAACACCAGCUCCCUCAGCCAGAAAAGCGAGAUGAGCGCUGCAACCCCAGAGUCGUUCACGACUGGACUUAACUGUCAGGGGUCCUUUACCUUUUUUUAAUUAAUUGAUGAAGGGCUCAACACCAUAGGUCCAGCGUGCCUCAGGGACCACCUUGACCCUUUUAUUUCAGUGCAAUCACUGAGAUCAUAUGUAAGAGCAUCAUGUGAGAUGGUGAGGCGCAUUUGACGUAGACACAGAACUGAGCCUUAGAGAUUCAGCAGGCACCUUCUAUACUAAUGUUUCAAAUGUUUGCUGAAAACUUCUCUGUUGCUAGGCUUAUGAAGACAGUUAAGAAACAUUUCCCCUAAUAGUGAGAUGGAGAACUGUUUUAAUUUUUGUGUGGUUUUUAUUGUAUUAUAAUUGUUGUAAAUGGUUUUGUUAUCUUUUAUGAAAAUACAGUAUACAAAUAUUUUAAUAAUGUUGAAAAUGCAUGCUUAUACAGUUACGUUAGUCUUAGACAACUGGACUGCCCCUCAGGAACACUGUCCUAGCAAUUGGUAGGGCUGAUUUUUUUUACAAAUGAAGAUCAUUCAACUAGGUGAAAUGAACAAGGUGUUGCCAAUAGAGUCGUGAAAUGUUUCCCCCAGAAGCCUUUUUGCAGCACAGCAAGUUGAAGUGGUGAUCCACAAAAGGUUCCUAGAAAUAUCCUGGUGUAAAAAGUGAAACUACAGGAACAGACUGGUCUAGUCUAAACCUAUGUUUACUAUUCCCUUUAUUUACAGUGGGAGUCAACUUGUUCUAUUUCUGCAUAAUCAUCUACCUCUAUGGUGAUUUGGCGAUAUAUGCAGCUGCUGUCCCAGUUUCUCUCAUGCAGGUGACCUGGUGAGUGUGCUUUCGGUGGCAAUAUUUUGCAAGCAGCAGUUUCUUGCUGAAAUGUCGGAGGAUUGCAUAACCAUUUCACAUUGAUGGCUCUGGCAGAAGAUUGACUUGCUGGUUGUAAUUAAUAAAUUUAAAGUAUUUCUACCUCACACUUCAAACUAAUUUUCCAGAGUGGGUUACAUUGUUCUGAUGUACUUUGACAGUGCUUAGCAUAUUGACAAAAACUAGGUCUAGGGGCUAAUUUGUGAGUUACUUCUUUAUAGGGCUGCAAUGCUUGCUUGAUUGAUUCUCUGAUUAGAUUAGAUUAUCAGAAGGUGCUGCUGACUAAUUGGGCAGCAGAUUUUACAAUGGUCUAAAAUAAUUUUUGUGCCUGUAUUUACAAAAAGCAUGAAUGACAGGUGCCACUAUAGAACAUACAUUCCCCCUUCUAUCCCACACAGCUGGGAAUGGGUAUUCUAAGACUAGGAGCCUGAUACAAAAAUAGCCUUUUCUUCAAUACUGUUGUUGAUUCAUACACAAACUAAUCUGGCUUUAAUCAAUGAAUUACAAGUUAUAUGAUUAAAUGACUACUAUUUCUUUAAUCAAGAAACACUUCUAUUUUUAAAAAUGUCUACAUAUACCUUACAUGCCAAAUCUAUAAGGUACAGUGUUGAAGAAUGUGGAGUUCUUGAUUGACCGAGACUCCACAUGGUGUGUGCUGUGUAAGGGGAAAUUCUCCAUCAUCCUUUAAAAAAGUGUGGGGAGGAAUGGUGGCUGGGGUUUGCAUAGGUGCAUGGGUGUAGCCAGGAUUUAUGGAUGGGGAGAACCUCAAUUAAUUAAGUGUUUUUAAUGAGGGGCAGCUGCUAUGCCCAUGCAUAGGUGCAUUAACUGUGGUCUGCUUUUGCUUCUCCCUCUUGUCAGUAGUGUGACGGGCAAUCAUUCAUGCAGUGUUGAAGAUGGUACUAAGUAUAAUGACACAGACAAGUGCUGGGGACCAAUCAGAAGGAUUGAUGCUUAUAGAAUUUAUCUGGUGAGUAUCUCCUGCGCCUGGGGGAAUUUUACAUCCUUAAUUAAAUAACUGAUUCUGAAGGGAUGCUUACCUGCUAAGGGUGAUACCCAGUAUUAGUCAUACCCAUUGAAAUCUGUGAACUGCUGAGUGAGAUCAAAUGUAGCACAAGCAGGCAUUCAUGUAUGCAUUGGGGUUUCUCCUUCCUUUCUUAACACCCGAAAUCUGCUUUGCAGGGUUGGGGGCUGUAGGGGUUGAAAACAUGCCAGAAGUCCCAUUGCUCAAACAAGCAGACAUCAUAGAAUGCCACCUAUAGGUUUCAGUGGGUCUACCCUAAAUAUGACUUUGUUUGAUUUAAAUUUUAUUGGUGAUAGCCAUCUACUCUUGCUGAUAGCCCCUUCCCUCUCCUUUUCCUGCUGGACACUUGUUCCCCAAAUGUUGAAGAUGGACUUAGUAGCCUUCAAGGUUUGUCAUUCUUAUCUUGAAAAGCAGUCCAUCCAACAGUGAAUGGGUUCUUGUUCACUGUGCUGCGAAACAAAAAUGAAUUUGACAUUGCUGCCACGUUGUGAAUUCUGGCUGUACUUACAGUAUGAUGUCCUGUUUAGUUGCUCACUUAGAUUCCCCCCAAUAGUUUUCCUCCUGCUUUGCUGCUUUUUCUGUGUGUUGCAAUAAGCAGCUGCAUUGCUGGUGAAAUGAUGAUAAUCUUACAAGAAUUUAUAGUUUGUAUCAGAAAUCACUCUGAAGAAUCUUAAUCCUUGUUUUCUUUCAAUUUCAUGGUAUGUGUAUGUGCACAAGAUUAGAUGCCUUUUACUUGUGAAUGCUUCAAGCGUUUAUGUAGUUCUGUGUCUUAUAUGUAGGCAGAUUCCUCACAAAUGCCUCUUUAUCAGGAAAUGGGUCUUUUUUAAUUGACCUUUUUAUUAGCCUUUUUUUUAGUAGUAUUUCAAUAUACUACUAAAUUCCAAUAGAAUUUUCUCUGUUCUGUGAUAGAAACUGCAUGUUUUAAAGCAUCCUUGUCAAAGGAACCUGCUUUGACAUAAGUGGCAGAUAGCUGAUUGCAUCUAAGCACAAAAUAAUAAUAAUUGGGAUAGGAAGUGGGGGGGGGGCAAGGACAAGUAAAUUAAAGGAAUUCUCUCUUACUGAACAAUAAAACCAACCAAAGUACUGUGGAACUAGAGUUAUGGAUAAAAAUAAAUAUUGCAGUUGAAGGCUGAAGGUAAACAUAACUGCUGGCAAUGAGGAAGUGACCCAGAGCAAUAUAUUCAGUUUUCAUUUGACUGUGCAUGUACAUGUUGGGGUUUUUGUGAGUGCCUACUGGAUCAGUUCCCUGAGCAGCACACUUCUCCUCCCCCCCGCCACCACCCAGUAAUAAUGUUGAAGCAGGAGUUAGGCCUUAGGAAUAUUAGCAAAUGUCACAGCCUGGUUAAUUAUUUAAAAGAAAUAUUAUUGCUUUAUUAAAUUGCGUCUAGGCCUAUUUCUUCAGAAUUUCUGCAUGAUUGAAGAUUUUCUCAAUGAAUUUCAAUAACUCUGACCCACCAGAAGGAGCUCAUCAGGAAAGGCAGACAUGCAUUAAUUACUGCCUGUACCUCCCAUUUAUUGCACCUGUAAUUCAUAAAGCCAGAGAUUUAAAUAAUAAUAAUAUUGUGACUUUUGUAGAAACAGAAGGUUUAUUGCUCUGGGUGUGCAAAUUCUAUGACACAAUUUUGGUGUCUUUGUUUUGGAUUUGAACAAUACUUUAUUAUUUGUCAGUCCCUAGCAGCAUUGAAUCUUUCUUUUUUAGUAGAUCAAAGUGUCAGUUCAAAUUUACCAGUGUCACAUAGCCUGGUUGUCAUUUCUGUAUUCUAUGUAGUGUCUAGCACAUCGCUAAAUGAAUGUGGAAGAAUAAUCAGAAGAGCUGGUAAACUGUAGAUCAACAAUAGGUGCUUUACUCUGAAUUUGUCUUUCUUCUGUCAUUUUCAAUGUCUCUGCCAUGUCACUUAGACUGUUCAGAUUACUCUACCCCAGCAAACCCCACAACUGCUUUGGAGAUGUGCCUUGGGUCUGACACAUAGGAACUUAAGAAGAGCCUGCUGAAUCAGGCCAAUGGUCCAUCUGGUCCAGUAUCUAGUACUCGCAGUGGUCAACCAGAUGCUUAAAAGAAGUCCAGAGACAGGACCUGAGCACAACAUGGGGCUUGGAAGGUGGGGUUGCUAGGGAAAUGGGGAGAAGAAGUUAAAGAGGCAGCUGAGUGACAGAGACAGAAGGUGCUCUGGACAUUUUUUAAAUUUAAACUAACAGUGGCAUGAGCAGCAAUACUUCUCUUCCCCCCACCCUAAGAAGGAAAGAAAGAUGUUAGCUCUGAUCUAGAAAGCACUUUGAUACAUGAAAUGACUUAUAAACGCACUCACUUUUAAACUGGCAGCAGUUGCUUAUAGUGGGCUGUUACUGAGGUUUCAUCCAUGUUUGUAUGGAGACUCGGUUGACUGCUUGUUGGAUGGCAUGGAGGACCACAUCUAAAAAUAGCAGACUUGGAAGCCCUGUCAUGUGGCCCCCUGGAUUGAGGCUAUUGAGAUAUGUUUAUGCAGAAAGUGAGAGUAUGUAGGGAUGGACCUCAAAGCUUGGCUAAAUUCUUGAAUUAUUUUCAGUCUGCAUUUUUUUUAUAAUAUGUCUGCUCUACUCAAGGCAGCUUACAUAAAUUAAAAUCACUGUGAUUAUUUAAAUAGGAAACGAGGUGGUAAGGGAACACCUAGUUACUAUAAAUUAAUUCACAUAUCCAGGGCUUGAUGAGCUGCAGCCAAAGAUACGAAAGGAGCUUGCAGAUGUAAUCUCUGAGCCUCUUUGUACAAUGUUUGAGAAUUCUUGGAAAACAGGUGAGGUCCCUGCAGACUGGAGGCAGGCAAAUGUCCCCAUCUACAAAAAACAAAACGAAAAAGAAGACUCUGGUAACUACUGACUGGUCAGCUUGACACCGAUACCAGGAAAGUUUCUAGAACAGAUAAUUAAAUGGCCUGUCUGUGAGCUGUGAUUACUAAGAAUCAUCAUGGGUUUCUUAAAAACAAGUCGUGCCAGAGGUUAGAUAGCUAUCUGUCAUGGAUGCUUUAGUGGAGAAUCCUGCAUUUUGGGGGUUAGACUAGAUGAUCCCCAGAAUCCUUUCAAACUCUACAAUUCAAUGAUUCUAUGAUAAAAUAAAUCAAAAGUAGAAGGGAAAAACAUCAAAGUAUAUGCAUUGACCAUUCACCUUUUUGUGCAUGUAAGUUUGUUUAUGGACUGAACAUUUGCAGAAGAUAACUUGCUUUCUAAAGCAUUUUCCAACAGCGGGUCUCAUAUUUUCUGAACUUCUUCCAUUGAAUCUGUUGUGUAGAAAGUAAUAGAGCCUUUUAAGCAAGCUAAUUGUGGGAGUUUACUAUAGAUCCCCAAGCCAAACAGAGGACAUAGAUGAUGCCUUCCUGGAACAGAUGGCCAAGCAUGCAAAAGGAAGGGAGAUAGUAGUAAUGGGGGACUUCAAUUACCCGGAUAUUUGUUGGAUGUCAAACUCAGCCAAGAGCAUAAGGUCAAACAGAUUCCUCACUGGCCUUGCAGACAACUUCAUUGUCCAGAAAGUGGGAGAAGCAACAAGAGGAACAGCCAUUUUAGAUCUGGUCCUAACCAAUGUUGAUGACCUGGUUAGUGGGGUAGAAGUGGAAGGAUCAUUAGGCGCGAGUGAUCAUGCUCUUCUGAAGUUUACUAUACAGCGGAAAGGAGCAGCCAAGCAUACUAGGACUCAAUUUCUUGACUUUAAGAAAGCCGACUUCAUAAAACUUAGGAAGUGCUGGGUGAGAUCCCAUGGACAGUAAUACUAAAAGGAAAGGGAGUUCAUGAUGGCUGGGAGUUUGUUAAGAGGGAGAUACUAAAAGCACAACAUCAGGCAAUACCAAUGAGACGGAAACAUGGAAGGUGCCUAAAGAAGCCAGGGUGGCUAUCUAAAGAACUUUUAACUGAGUUAAGAUUAAAAAGGAUGUGUACAAAAAUGGAAAAGGGGGAAACCACCAAAGAGGAAUUCAAACAAAUAGCCAGCACGUGUAGACACAAAGUCAGAAAAGCUAAAGCACAGAAUGAACUCAGGCUUGCUAGAGAGGUUAAAAGCAACAAAAAAGGCUUUUAUGGGUAUGUUCGUAGCAAAAGGAAGAACAAAGAAACAGUGGGGUCACUCAGAGGAGAAGAUGGUGAAAUGCAAACAGGGGACACAGAAAGGGCUGAACUCCUCAAUGCCUUCUUUGCCUCAGUCUUCUCCGAUAAAGAAAACAAUGCCCGACCUGAAGAAUUUGAAGCAAAUGAUUCAGCAAAGGAAACACAGCCCAGAAUAACUAAGGAGAUAGUACAAGAAUACUUGGCUAGUUUAGAUGUAUUCAAGUCUCCAGGGCCAGAUGAACUGCAUCCAAGAGUAUUAAAAGAACUGGCAGAUGUGAUCUCAGAACCACUGGCAGUCAUCUUUGAGAAUUCCUGGAGAACAGGUGAAGUCCCGGCAGACUGGAGGAGGGCAAAUGUUGUCCCUAUUUUCAAAAAGGGAAAAGAGAGGACCCAAAUAAUUACCGCCCAGUCAGUCUGACAUCAAUACCAGGGAAGAUUCUGGAGCAGAUCAUUAAGCAAACAGUCUGUGAGCACCUAGAAAGGAAUGCUGUGAUCACCAAUAGUCAGCAUGGAUUUCUGAAAAAUAAGUCAUGUCAGACUAACCUGAUCUCGUUUUUGACAGAAUUACAAGCCUGGUAGAUGAAGGGAACGCAGUGGAUGUAGCCUACCUUGAUUUCAGCAAGGCAUUUGACAAGGUGCCUCAUGAUAUUCUUGUAAAGAAGCUGGUAAAAUGCGGUCUUGACUAUGCUACCACUCAGUGGAUUUGUAACUGGCUGACUGACCGAACCCAAAGGGUGCUCAUCAAUGGUUCCUCUUCAUCCUGGAGAAGAGUGACUAGUGGGGUGCCACAGGGUUCUGUCUUGGGCCCGGUCUUAUUCAACAUCUUUAUCAACGACUUGGAUGAUGGACUCAAGGGCAUCCUGAUCAAAUUUGCAGAUGACACCAAACUGGGAGGGGUGGCUAACACCCCAGAGGACAGGAUCACACUUCAAAAUGACCUUGACAGAUUAGAGAACUGGGCAAAAACAAACAAGAUGAAUUUUAACAGGGAGAAAUGUAAAGUAUUGCACUUGGGCAAAAAAAUGAGAGGCACAAAUACAAGAUGGGUGACACCUGGCUUGAGAGCAGUACAUGUGAAAAGGAUCUAGGAGUCUUGGUUGACCACAAACUGGACAUGAACCAACAGUGUGACGCGGCAGCUAAAAAGCCAAUGCAAUUCUGGGCUGCAUCAAUAGGAGUAUAGCAUCUAGAUCAAGGGAAGUAAUAGUGCCACUGUAUUCUGCUCUGGUCAGACCUCACCUGGAGUACUGUGUCCAGUUCUGGGCACCACAGUUCAAGAAGGACACUGACAAACUGGAACGUGUCCAGAGGAGGGCAACCAAAAUGGUCAAAGGCCUGGAAACGAUGCCUUAUGAGGAACGGCUAAGGGAGCUGGGCAUGUUUAGCCUGGAGAAGAGGAGGUUAAGGGGUGAUAUGAUAGCCAUGUUCAAAUAUUUAAAAGGAUGUCACAUAGAGGAGGGAGAAAGGUUGUUUUCUGCUGCUCCAGAGAAGCGGACAAGGAGCAAUGGAUCCAAACUACAAGAAAGAAGAUUCCACCUAAACAUUAGGAAGAACUUCCUGACAGUAAGAGCUGUUCGACAGUGGAAUUUGCUGCCCAGGGGUGUGGUGGAGUCUCCUUCUUUGGAGGUCUUUAAGCAGAGGCUUGACAACCAUAUGUCAGGAGUGCUCUGAUGGUGUUUCCUGCUUGGCAGGGAGUUGGACUCGAUGGCCCUUGUGGUCUCUUCCAACUCUAUGAUUCUAUGAUUCUAUGAUUCUAUAAUUCCAGUAUGGGGAGAGAGAAAUAUUGAAAGACCAAUUCUAAAGUACUUUGAUAUUCCAUUGAGUCUGAUGUGAUUUCCUUCCUUCCUAGUAUACUGUGUAGUCUAAGAUAAAUUUAACUUCUAUCUGAAAUUACAGGUUUAUUAAGGACUGUGGAAUUUGUAUUCUCUCUUUCUGUGUAUUCUCUCCUUUGCUCCCUGUGACCUUUAGAAUUCCAAAUGACACUGUGAUAGAUUAUUUGAAUUUUACAUUUUAUGCAUUUUCCUCAUAUGUUUGGAUUAUGUAUUUUUCUGUUUAUGUACUGUAAACCACCCUGUGAUCAUCUGAUGAAAGGCAGUAUAUAAAUUAAAUAAAUAUUAAUAAUAAUACAGCCAACAAAAUGGAAAAGAAAUGCCACAAGAUCUUUGCAUCCUUAGAAUUAUUUGCAGUUUUAAAACAAAUCAGUGGUAUCCACUGAUACUGGAUUAAUUGGGCAAUUUUCAUCCUAGAAAAGCCUUCUGUCUCCCUCCCGAUGUCCCUGUUUGUCUUUACUCCCCUCCCUUUCAGUGCAGUAAUAACUUUCAAACACUGUAUCUCGGAGCUGGGAAAGAGGAGGAGUGAAUAACUGACAUAAAGUCCUAUUUCAUGGUUUAAUGUCCCAAAAGUCCUCUGGAAAUGGUCUCUGUUCCCGUGCUUCAAGAAUGGAAGUUGAAUGCCAUGUACGUAAUGAGAAUAUUUAGACAGAUUAAGUUGCUCUCUGAUGAGUUGCCUGCCUGUGCAGCAUUUUUAAUAUUGCUCUGCAGACUCCAGCACACCUAAGUGGCUACACUGUCUGCACACAGUCUGUGGGGCCUGCAUUAACCUUCGUCCUGCACAAAUUUUACUGUUACCUCAUCUCUCUUGUAAAUUACCUCUGAAAGUACAGCCUUGCAAAAUAAACAGGCAAUGGAAAAUGUUGUUGAAAUGCUUAAAUCAGUCUUUCCGCCACCCCACCCCGCAGCCCCAUUAUGUUAUUUGAGGCUCUGCUCUGUUUCUGUUAUUUUGGAAGACAACAGAAGGGUUUUGAAGUUGAACUAUUCAUUCAUGGUACAUUAUCAAUAUGUUCUUUGUAAUUCAGCUAGGAGCUUGGGUGACAAUUAUAUUUCACCCAGUACCAUGGUAAUGUGAAAUGUUCAUGGUUUAAGCAAAUAACUUACAGUCUCACAUUGUUUUCUGGUAGCUGAGUCUCAUCCUCUAAAGCCAACAUGAUAUGAUUCUCUUAAUUGUCCUGUAACAAGAAAGGUUUGCAUGGCUUCAUUGCUCCUUACAUACCCUUUGCAUGUUCCAGUUGAAUUCCUUUUUUAGUGCAAGUCACAGUUUGAAACAUGAUUAGAAGCUGGUUUGCAAUCCUGGUUUGUAGGUGCAAUCCAUAGUUUGUCAGUUUGAAUAUAAUGCUGACAAAAGUUUGCCCCAUAGAAGAAGUAACUGAAUGGUUCUGCUCAGGUGAAAGCUAGAGCAUGGCUAUCUUAUGUAUUGCCAAAGCCAUGCUUUGAUAUCUUAUCUAAAGAUCCCCGAAUUUUCAUAAACCAUGUUCUGGGUCUAAAAAGGAUAUAGACUAGUUGUUUGGUAGCUCAAUCAUAUCUUUUGAAAUGGCACACCCGGAUCUUUGCUACAUGUUUCUGAAUAAAGUGAGCCACUUGUAUUCUGCAUAAGCUGGUUUUGAUUUGUGCUUUCACUGUAAUAAUGAAACUAUGUGUGUACUGUACAUUAUUUUAUACAUUCCAUGGAUUACAGAUGUGCAAUAGCACUCAUAUUGCUAGAAUAGAGACAGUUUUAACUGGAGCAAUAAGUAGCCAUCCAGAGGGUUGGAGCCAGGAUGCAGCACAAUAAUUGCAAGCAUCACCUCUGCUCUCCACCCAAACAGCUUUGCUUUCCCCCUCUGCUGUUCAUCUACCUUCAGGGCACAGACGGAAAAUGACUGAAGCUCCCAACGCAGGGGAGGAUAAUACUGGUUUGGAAAUAGGCUUUGCAGAAGGCACUCUCUCCCUCCUGGCUUUGUGCUGUUUUGAGACGUUCUGGUACAUCUGUUCUUUUAGGGUUUGGGCUGAGACUGUUUAGCUAAUCAGGACAGGAACUGGUAUCUGUGCAUACAGGUUCACAGAUGCUGCAGCGUUACAGGGAGCCCAGCGGGUGCAGGCUGAGCGAAGAUGGGAGCACAGAUGGUUUAAUGGAGAUUAUCCCAGUUGGACACAUGCUAGUGCAGUGAAUAAAAUGAGGGCUCGCAAGCACUUACUGAUUCUCUUCAGAAAGGGACAAUGUCACCCUAACCUGAAACUGAUUGGAAUACUGAGCAAGUUUAGCCCCGCCCGUCUGGGAUAAAGAGGCAAUUCUCGGCCCAUAAGAACCAUUUAGAUUCAAAAUGUAAUCAGAAAGCACCAAAGCUGAAAUGCACUAUUCAUUAGAGAAGCAUUUUGCUCAUUAUUUUCGUCUCAGUAGGGUGCUUCCUGCCUGACACUCCCAGCACAGAAAUACACCUGCAGACUGCCAUCAGUGUCUUCACCAUGUGUUUCUUUUUCAUGGUUCCCACGACUGUCUCCCAGCACGUCACUGAGUGAUCUCUCUCUCUCUCACACACACACACACACACCAUUUGGAGUACAGCCCUCAACUAGGUACAGGUGCUCUGCACCAUAAACUUCAGGAUGCGCUGUGGAGCAUCAAUAUGUGGGACCAAACACUUCCAGGCUUAUGGCCCCAUUCUUAUUGCAGAUCGAUAGAUAGGUCUGUUUCUAGAACAUGCACACAGCCCACUCUUUGGGAAGACCUACGGAUUUUAUGACCCACCUGUUUGAUCACAAGCUUGUUAAUAUAUAGUUUCUUGAGAUCAAGCAGUAAGGCUGCCAAGGAUUUAGAUGUUGCCCCGGAUCAUGGAGCAACCAUAGUUUACCACAACUUUUCUGUUGCGAGUCCAUGCCCUGCUCCCUCUUUGUGAUGAAAGAAGACACGUGGACACAAGUAUUUUAGGUUAAUGGGCUAAAAAAGGCCACAACUUUAUUGUUUACAGAAUGUGACUGAUAUUGGCUUAGGCGUUGGAUCCGAACAGACUAUGCUUGACUCCUGCCCGCUCUGCAGGGAGUCACACGAGGGUUAACAACCUGUAGGGGGAGCUUGUUGAUGUGAAUCAACUGGAAGCUUUCCCCUAGAGUCACCAGAGGGUUGUGCCAUGGCCCUAGCCACCACCUGGGCAUUGGACAUGAGAAACUAUGAUUACAUAGUUUCUCACUAUGGUUGGUGUAUCUAGCUUUCUAUACUGAAGCUCUGAUUGAACUUAUGGAAAUCACAUUCGUUAUGCCUGGACUGGUAGAGAGUAAGAAGUGUGCUUGGUUGUUGUUGUUUUUUCGGAUUUAUUUUUUUUAGGGGGCAAAUGUUUCCCAAAUGUCUCUGACAUUUGAGCCCCCCUUCUAAACUUGUUGUUCUUUCUGGGUCACCUCAUCCCAGCAACAUCCAUGUGUGCUGGAUGUGUGCAGAUCUCCUGGUGCACACCUGCAAACCAGUAACAGUUGUGUGAAGAUCUCUGGGUUGCGAUGAAAAGCUGUGAAAGAUCUCCCAGCCAACCAGUCCUUCCCUUCAUCAACUCCUGUUGAUGCCAGUACAACCAACCCUUUCACACAAACCAGCCCUGGUGAAAGUGAGAUGGUGGAGGUUUAUAUGGAUUCUAGAAAAACAGAUAGAAUUGCAGAAACGUGCUCACUCCACCCAGGUCAUUGGGUUCUGUAGAGCUUUCUGCAGGGGCGGGGGAAAUAAUGGGGCCAUAGGAAUGCAUGAAAAUACUGGUACUGUACUUAGAAAUGGUACAAUCUGAGAGACAAAGAAGACUCUAGCAGGCUUCCUUAGUCAGGGUGUCAUUGUUUAGUUUAGUUGCUUUUGUAUGUCUGGUCUCUCCUUGUUUGCUUACAGACUUGUAAAAUUUCCUUUCCCCCUCUUUGCUUUAUACAAGUACAAGCCUCUAAAGGCAGUCUGUCUUCCUUGCAUGUUAAUACUAAUUGGUAUGGUUAUUAUCACUAUUUAACCCAAAUGGCCUUUGUGCAGAGGGCAAGGCUGGUUGAAUGAAGCUUGUCCACAGGGACGGAUUUUAUAGCAGCUAUCCCAUCUGGCUCUGAGCAGUUCAUACACACAAAAAAUUUUUUUGAUAUGAAGAGAACAGAGGCUGCCUUAUACAUUCAAAGGAGUCUUCUCUAUUGAGAUACCAAAGCUGAAUAUGUCAGGUACUUUCAUUGUAUGAAAACAUAAUUAAAGGAUUCAUAUACAGUGGUGCCCCGCAAGACGAAUGCCUCGCAAGACGGAAAAACCGCUAGACGAAGGGGUUUUCCGUUUUGAAGUUGCUUCGCAGGACGAAUUCCCCUAUGGGCUUGCUUCGCAAGACGAAAAUACCUUGCGAGUCUUGAGAUUUUUUUCCCGCUUUUCCCCCCCUUUAUCUAAUCUGCUAAGCCUUUAAUAGCCUUUAAUAGCCUUUUAGCAGCUAAUCCCCUAAGCCUUUAAGCCUUUAAUAGCCGCUAAACAGCUGAUAGCGCUAAUAGCGCUAAUCCGUCAAUGGGCUUGCUUCGCAAGACGAAAAAACCGCUAGACGAAGACUCUUGCGGAACGGAUUAAUUUCGUCUUGCGAGGCACCACUGUACACUGGAGCACCAUGAUCAGGAUAGGGACCCACCUAGUAUCAAAUAUAGGUUUAGACCAUAGCGAUCAGUGAGAGCAAAAGAUGUAGCAUAUUUAUGCUGCAGCUCAGUAACAUCUUAUGGGCAUUUUUGUAACAGAAAACAUGCAGGAAACCCUCUUUUGGGAGCCUUGUCCAUUUGUCCUUGUCGCUGAGCAAAUCUUUUCUGUGUACAGUCAUACCUCAGGAUGAAUACGCUUCAAGUUAAGCAUUUUUGGGUUGUGCUCUGUGGCGACCCGGAAGUAACGGAGCACGUUACUUCUGGGUUUCGCCGCAUGCGCAGACGCUCAAAAUGACGUCAUGUGCGGAAGCGGCAAAACCAGAAGCGCAGUUGCGUGUUAUGUUCGCUUCAGGAUGUGAACGGGGCUCCGGAAUGGAUCCGUUCGCAUCCAGAGGUACCACUGUAUUGUCAGAGUUGCAUGGGUCUUGCAGUGCAAGGUGGCGGCCAGCAUGCAUCUUGAAACAAUGAAUUGUAUGUAUAAUCAAUUCUAUUGUGUUGGCAUAGAUUUUCAUUCUGAUGUCAUUAAAUGCGAGAGAUCAUCAGAGUUGCAAGGGCCUUAUAAUUAGUUAAGAUAAUGCCGGUAGUUAUGCUUCAUGUUAAUUUAUAUGGAUAUUUGCAUGUACACAUCAGUAUGUGUUCUCUUGUAUUUGCACUGUUUGGCCUGGAAAGUAGUGAAUCCUGUUUAAUGUUCAUAACUGCAAAAUCACAGUUUAAAAAACACACCUGCAAACCACCAUUUUGAAUUGUGUGGCCCUUGCAACUCUGCCAGUGGUUGUUAUUUAUGUAUUGAGUUAAGGGGACCAGACGAGCAUCUGCGCCAAAUUUCAGCUUUACCUGAUCAGUUUCAAUAAAACCACCAAAAAAAUGCUUGUGGGCUAGGUGACAAGCAGCCCUUAUUCCUGCCCUUGCCCCAAAAUGACACCAUAAUGAAGUACACAGAGAAGCAACCACUUUGUAACACGUUGGUAGUCUUGGCUUCAGAUAAUAUUUAACAAUUUUUUGUGAUAGUUAAAUAAGCAUCACUUGACUGGUCAGUUUACAGUAUUUGAUAGUUCACUUGACUGGUUACUGACUCUAGUUUAGGCGUGCUUAAGCCUUGAAAGUGCUCUUUGUUUGUUGCCUUUUAAUUGCAGAUUUACAAAAGUUUUGGAAAUAGAAGUUCUAUCAUACCUCAGUGCCUAGGACUUGCCGAUCGUAUGGUCGGCGGUUUGAAUCCCCGCGGCGGGGUGAGCUCCCAUCUUUCGGCCCCAGCUCCUGCCCACCUAGCAGUUCUAAAGCACCCCUAAGUGCAAGUAGAUAAAUAGGUACUGCUUUAUAGCGGGAAGGUAAACGGUGUUUCCGUGUGCUACGCUGGUGCUGGCUCGCCAGAGCAGCUUCGUCACGCUGGCCACGUAACCCGGAAGCGUCUCCGGACAGCGCUGGCCCCCGGCCUCUUAAGUGAGAUGGGCACACAACCCUAGAGUCGGACACGACUGGCCCGUACGGGCAGGGGUACCUUUACCUUUAACCUUUACGUUUAAAAGAUUUGGAAAUAAAAGUUCUAUCAUAACUGCACAAAGUAACGUGGAGUUGAGGAAGUGUAUGCACACAUCUUGAUACAAUUUUGACUAGAGCAGGUGUGAGAGGCAUGAAUGUUGUAAGGCAGGGGUGCCCAAACUUUUUUCAAAGAGGGCCAGAUUUGAUGAAGUGAACAUGCAUGAGGACCAACCAAAAUUAUUAAGAUUUUUUUAGGUUUGAAGUUGUUGAGCUAUUUUUACAAUUUCACCCCAAAAUUGUUGAGCUCUUUUUUUAUUUUUUAACCCAGGACAUAUACUGCCAUGGGGGCAGGAUUAAAUUGACCGGCCCCCAAAAUGGACUUUGGGCGUGAAAGGAUAUCUUUCACUCCAUAAGACGCACCUGACCAUAAGAUGCACCUAGUUUUUAGAGGAGGAAAACAAGAAAAAAAAAAAUUCUGAACAAAACAGUAGAUGUAUGAUUUUUGUGGUUCAUGCUGUGGCCACAGACAUGUGAUUUGACGGUGAGUUUGGGGUAGCCCAAUGCAAAAAUCCUGAGAAUCCAUGUGGAUCUGUGCUUUGUAACCACAUUUUUGCUCCAUUGUGGCCCCAUGCAACAGUGGGUGCAUGAUUUUUUUGGUGCAGGCUGUAGCCAUGGACAUGCUAUGUGAUCUGUUGGUGAAUUUAGGGUGACCCAAAGCAAAAAUCCUGAGGAUCCAUGUGAUCCGUGCUUUGUUUCAACACCCGCUUCCCUCUUUAAAAAAAAAAAAAAAAGCAUAAUCUUCUUUUUGCCGCUGGGCAAUUCAGCUCCAGGAACCACGCAUUCACUCCAUAAGACGCACAGACAUUUCCCCUUUCUUUUUAGGAAGAAAAAAGUGCAUCUCAUGUUUGGUUUGGAAAUGGGGGGUUGGAUAGACCCUCCUAUGAAAUUGGACUUUUCAAGUCUGGCAAUGGGCCGUGAGAUGUUUGGGAUUGUGGGGGCUCUUAAUUUUGGAGGGAUUCUGAAACAUGUUUUUAAAUACCACAUGGAAUUUAGUGUCGAUUAUGGAAAAGGGGCUGAUCUGUCGAGAAGGGUCAAAAAUACUGCUAAGUUGGAGUUCCCACGAGUGAAAGGAGCAGGAGACAAAGGAAAAUACAGCUAUAAAUAUGAAGAAGAGCUGCGGAAGGGACAUGGAAGGGACUUAAGGGCCUCGGAUAUAAGAUUACCAGGUUAAUGCGCCAGAUUGAUGGGAUAAUAAGGACUGACAAAACCCGGGACCAGGAGGAAGGGACGCUGGAUGAAGAUUGGAUUUGUUUUUAUUUCUUUUUUUCACUACUAGGACUGUUUUAUAAAAUUGAUGAAUGUUAGAAAAAUGUUGGAAUGAAAUUACUUGGCUUUAGUAAAAAUGUUUAAAGAAUUAUGCAAGAAUAUCAUGGUUAUGGGAAGUUGGUAAAAAUAAGAUUUAAGUUUUAAGUCUCAAAGUUUUUUUUUAUAGUAAGAUAAGAUUAAAAUAGUUUAAGGUAAUGUAACGACAGAAUAUUAUGAAAUAUGGAAAAUGAAUGUUAGAAUGAUGUUGGAUAGAAAUUAAAUGGUUUUUAGCUGAAAUAUUAUAAGGGAAUAUGAAAAAUGGAUUACUAACAGGUAAAAAUUUAAUGUUACAAUACUUUAAGAUUAAAGAUUAGGAUAAUCAAAGAGGGGAAGGAUUUGCUGAACCAACAAACUGAACUGGAAUACAAAAAAGGGAGGCGUGAGGAGGUCCGGGAAACAAGCUAAUGAAAAAUAAGUAAUGGAAAGAUUGACUUGUUUUUAACUAUUUUUAUUUUGUAUUUUUCUUUUUUCUAUUUUUAUUUUGUAAUAUUUUGAAAACCUUAAUAAAUAUUUUAUAAAAAAAGAAAAGAAAAAAGUGUGUCUUAUGGAGCGAAAAAUACUGUAAGUAUUGAGCUAAAUGCCCACAACUAACUGGUUUUCUUUGUCCAUACCAUAAUUUUGAGAAACUGAUGAGUUGUCACUUGCUUCAACGACAUUAGCUUUGAGAAAUCUGCUUGAUUGCACUUUGCAAGCCCAGGUUGCUCCAAACCCUGGGAUCACCAUCUAUGUGAUUCUGUAAUUAUUAUUCUCUCACCCUCUGAUAGUAGAAGAAUGCAGUUCCUUACUUCUUGGUGUAGAACUUAGUAUGCAGGCCUGUUAAUAUCACAUUCCCUUCUUUCGGGGCCAUUAGUCUUCCAUUAACUUGGUAAAUUCAUUCUGUCAAUUGCCUGCUUUUCAAAGACAACUCAGUCCUACCAUUUUAUAGCCUUUUUCUUUCAGCCUAUUAUUUCCAGCCUGAACCCAAAGUUGUAGACAGAUAAAUGACCUGUUUGAGCUUUUGCUUAAUUUGACAUAGCUGAGAUAGUGGCAGAUUUCCUCUCCUCCCUGUUCUGCAAGUAAAACCUCAGGGUCCUUUAAAAUCGGCUUCUGAGGGGAUGAAUUUGAUUUCUUGUUUCCUUCUUGAUGACACUGUUGAGUUGGGGCAACAGAAAGCUCAGGUACCUUAGUGCUCCAGGGUGGGAACUGAUCCUUGGAUCUGCAUUGAAGGGAGACUUCAGGAAAAUAGAAACUGCUGGCUUUAAAGGAUUAGCUUGUCUCUCUUUACAGAGAGAUUGAUAACACACUGGACCUGAAUGUGUUCUUUGUACAGAGAUGUCUCUGUACUUCAUGAUGUGAAAUUUUUCUAUUCUUUUUAAUUGAAGCCUGGAUUAUGCUGUCACUCAUUCUGACUCUGAGCUUUUCUGGAGGAAUGGUCUUAAGAAAGGGCUUUUGCAAUCAGUUGUCCCGUUCCAAACACCAUAACCAUGGCCUAUACAGAGAAGAAAUAUUUGUCUUGCAUUGCUAUGCCAAGGGGCAUAGUUUGACUACUUACUUAAGAGGCAAUCCAGUCCAAAGAGCUGCAGCUCAGCUGCAGCAGUUGGGAACAUAUACUGAAAGUUUGCCAUGCUAAACCACAGUGUGGCAGCCUUUCAACAAAGAUUUGCCGUCCUUAAAAGAAUUUGGUGACAUCAAAGUAUAUCUAGAUUAGCCAAAAGAAGGUAAUUGUGUAUUAUAGCAAUGAGUCUUAUGAAGCAAGUGCUUUAGAUGAAAUUAACUAUUUUGAUGGGGCUGCACAUAUUCUGUAUGUCUGAGAUCAGGUUUAUUGGGGGGGGGGGGGGCUUUUUUUUUAUAUAUAAAAAAAGUGUGGGUACUGUCUCCCAGCACUUUAGAUUAAAGAAUAUCUACAGUUCUUCAUGGGCAUCUCAUUUGAGUGACUGGAGGCAAAUGAGGACAGGUCUACUCUGGUUUUAAUAUUUGAGUGCAUGAGAGAAUUUUGGUACAUUCAAUAAUGUCAAACGGGGCAAGAAGCUGCAGUCACUGAAAAUUUUUCUUAGUUGAUAUUACAUUGGUUUGCCAGGUCUUUGAAUUUAAUGUUCUCUCUGUUAACAACUAAUUGUAUUCGCCCCUCGUGGUUCCUUGGAAUUGAUCCUUCUUCCAUUCCAAAAUUAAGUUGCUAUUUCACAUUAUAGUAAUAAUAAAUCUGAAAAGCUUGUGUUAUGUGACUUCAAACCUUUCUUAUUGAAAAGAAAAGAAGUGACACAAUUUUGGCAUUAAAAGGGUACUCAGCUGUUAAACCUUCAAGGAUUUUGAAUUCAUGGAAAUCAGAAUAACUGUUUAUAUCCCUUUUGCCUUCUUACUUGGGUGUCGUGGCUGAGAUUUGAAUUGGAGGCUUACAGCUUAUACACUUAAACCAGAGGUUUUCACCCUUUUUGAGUCCAUGGCUCCCUUAACCAACUACAUUCUUUCUGAGGCACCCUUGUGGGGUUCAGGAGCCCAGUUAUGUCACCCCUUGCCUGCAGAGCUGGCAGCCUCUCAACCUUUUGCAAACACCCUCCCUUGUGAAGUAUUCCCUCAGCCUCCUCUCCAGUCUCCCCUCUUUGGGAGUCCUCUGGGCAGCCCCAGUCUCUGAGCUGUCCCCCCUGCCCCAAAGAGUUGGUGCCUCCCAGAGGCACCAUUCGUCUGUGGAGCUUAUAGCCAGGGCUGCUGCAAUAAUCAGCUGUGCAAGCCUUUGGGAGGGAAGGAAAGAGGGACAGAGGCCAGUGUUGCCUACGGCACCCUGACCAUCAUUCAAGGCACCCCAGGGUGCUGUAGCACACUGGUUGAAAACCACUGUCUUAAACUUUUGCAGUACAGUAACUAUAUCGACAGAGGUGCUUUAUUUUACUGGAUUUCCAUACACCUAUGUUUAAAAAAGGGAUUUCAAAGCAGCCUACAAUUAAAUUAUGUUAGAAGAAUAAAACAAUCAUGCAAACAAAAUAAAACCUCAAAGCAAAAAAUAAAUUAGAAUAAAAGCAGCAAACUAAAUAAAAGAGCUAGCAGUUAAAGACACAUUGAGGUAGUGCUGUCUUAACCUCCUUGUGGAAUGCUAAAAGAUAUGGAACCAAGUUCAUACGUAUUGUGCCCUCAAAGUGAGGUUGGAGCUAGGAGAGUAGGAUGAAAAAUAGAGGAAUACUUAAAUGGUCCUGAUACAGGCAGCCCUGAGGACUGUGAGAGUGCUGAACUACCAAACAAAAUAAUUUCUGUCCUAAGGGAGCAGCUAUUCACCAGCCAAAUAAUGGGAUAAGCCUAUGAAGGCGUCCUUUUGGGGAGCAGAGUUUAUUGAGUUGUCUAAACUUAGUGUUUGUGGUAAAUACACUGCACCCUCAGUGAUGAAGAAAACAGAUCAAGACACCUAAACUUGUGAGAUCUGUACUUGACAAUGUAUGUUAGUAAUCAUAACAUAAUUUUGUUUGGGGGGGGGACACAAAUUUAAUUUUUUCUCCUGAAUGCUUAUUGUACAAGUGUGCAUGUGCAUCAAUAAGUCAAAUUCAAUUAAUUUUGCAAUUCUAAUGGCAGUGGCAGAUUUGGAUUCCAUCCCUGCCAGUGGCAUGGUCUACCUUGAGUUCAGACCAGCGACACUGACAUUGCUGGUGUUUGUUUGGGCAGGCAGUGGCCCUAUUGGGGCCACAUAAGGGCACCAGGGGGAAUAUCAAUGUCAGUCCAGUGCUCUUGCCACUACAAGUGUGUGGCCCCAACAUCACUCCUUCUCUGCCUUGCCUCAGCCCUGCCUAGGUAAGUAACAGCAACACAAGGUAGCUGGCUAGUUCCACCUUAGCACAUGUACCACUGCUUGUUCAGACAAAAGAACCAGGGAAUUAUCUCAACCCAAAUAAACAAUACAGAUAAAGCAUUGGCCAUACUGAUAUUUGAGAUAGGGAUGUGUGAAGCUGAGGUACAAAGUUGGAAGACACACACACAGUCCUAAAAACCUAGAAAUAGCAGUUAAAUAGCAAAACCAAUAUCCUUCCCUGUGGUUUCACUACCUAUGGGGCAAACUCAUAUAUUCAUUGAAUUAAUUUUUACCUUUAGUCCACUGCUGAUGCAAACUUUAGAGAAACAUUUUGUCAUCUUUUGAGAGCAAAUACAACUCUUGCAGAGCAGACUUAGGAUAUUGUCAUUAUUCAUUAAAUUUCCAUACUGCCUUUCAUCUGAGGAUCUCAGAGCGACUUACAAUAUAAAAACACAAAAAUAUGUAACAUAGAAAGAAACAAAAACACCCCCAUGUGUUGCUUUGUACAGUAGAAGCAGUUUGGCACAUUUCAGCUGUUUUCUUGUAGUCAUUUGCUUUUCUUCCCUUCCCCCUCUGUGUUGAUGUAAUUAGAAGAUACAGAAUGGAGAAGGUUGGAAGCCAAGGAGGCGCUAAAGUGAUUACAAGAUACUGCACCAUAAAUACUCAGGCAUUGAAGAAUUAAACAGUCACCUUAGAAAAUUGGCAGUGUCUGUAUUUCUACACACACACACGUAAAAAAUGACAAUGGAAGCAUAUUUGCAGUAUAGAUGCAAGCUUGCUGUUUGCUAUGACUUCGUUCUAUUAGUGCUAGGAACCACAUUCCUUUUGUCAAAUUGCUUUCUGAAAAACAUUCUGGGUCUUUAAACAUAGCAAGGGAGAAACAGGAUGCAACUCACUGAGUUUAAUAAUUUUUGUUAAACUAUAUCAGGCUUUGAUAAAAGCUGGUCUUUUAAUUUAUAGUAAAGAUGACAUAGUUGACAAUGACAAUUCAUGCUUUCAUCAUAAUAUUACACUAAUGUGAGCAUUCCUUAACUGUGAAUGAGCACAGCAGUUCAUUAUCUUCAAAUGAUUCAGUUUUUGUCCCCUUCUUUCAUUGGAAAGAAAGAAGAAGCCGAGGCCAGGUUGAUUAGAUUAGCAAUCUAAUCCUUAAAACAAGCUUUUUAAAUCAGGGCAGGAGUAUGUUUCCCUAGCUCUUGGUACUGGGUUCUAUUCCAAAAUUUUAAUUACUUUUAAAUCCUUUAUAUGCAUAGGAUACAUAUUCUAAAGGUUCAGAAAUUAAUUGGUAGCCCUAUUUAUACCUAUUUCGAAAGUUAAUAAAAACAUUUGUCACUUUUGAGCCUAAGAAUUAUAAUCAUCAUAAUGCUGAAUAGGUGUUUUUAAGUGUGGCUAAGCAUGGAAUAAGACAAUUGUAUCAUAAACCAUGCAGUAUGUACAAUGGAAUUGAGAAAAUUGAUUUCUGAUGAUUUAUUUCGCCAUUCAGCAAAAAUGCCAUUUAAAAUCCAGCUUGCAUCUGAGCCUUCUUGGUGAAGCACAUUUACUUUCUCUGUCUUUUCCCCCCCCAUUUUUAAAAGCAUCUUCAAUAACUUGCAAAUUACAAAAUUGACAUGCUAUUUUCUUAGAUAUCAGCAUCAUAACAGCUAUCAUAGCUCUUAAUUUUUAUAAUUUAAGCCUUCCAAAGGUUUUUGGAGAGUGCUGCCCAAGCUGAUGGAAUCUUCUGUUUCCUGUGAUUUGUAUCAUAAAACUGUGAAGGAUAAAGCUUAGAUUUUAGCUCAAGAGCCAUCUGGUGCUUUUGCUGAAGAUCAGAAUUCAUAUGAGAGGGAGAAGCAUAUCAACUGUCAAACUGCAAAGACAAGACAGAUGGCAUGCAAGGUUCAGGAAGGAGUGUUCAAGGGAGUGUUGGCCGUCAGAUCAAGAGGGGACUUGGGCCCCUUUUCUGCUCCUGAUAUUUGCAAUUGAUUGGUUGUAAUAUCAAUGUGUGCGAUGCCGUUGCAGUGUUCACAGCUUCUGUAAUGGGGGCAUAAGGACAGUAGUUGCUGGGGGUUUUGUCAUAAAAUUACUCCACCAGCUAUUGCUAAUGGCCUUACAGGCUGAAAACAGAUAGACUAAACCAGCAAUGACGACUAGUUUUUGGAGCAGUAAAUAGAAGCGCUAUACUUGAAAUUGUUUUUAAGGCGAUUGAAACACUUUUAUUGUGAUUUGAAGCACGUUAGUACCUCCUUAAAUGGCAUAGUGCUUACCAGCAACUAACUCCAGAGCUUGUUACUUAGGCCGUUAGCUACCUUGUGAACUCUGGGUCAGUUUGCAGAAUGGGCAGUUUAAAAACAUCUAAGGUGCUUGCCUCUGUCAGCAACAUAACUUUGCUUACUGGCUUUAUUAUUGCUUACACAUCUACCAAGGAUCUUAUUCAACCUUCAAAGCUAUCACAACAUUUUAAUGUCCUUUGUCGAAGAGAUCUUCAGCAGAGCUGUUAUUUAUCCUCUAUUGAAGGACAUUCUGUUUUUCUGCUCCUUAAAGUACACGGUUGGUUUUUACUGCCCCACACCUCGCAGCUGUAGGCCAGGCAGUAGCCUUGCCAGUGCAGGCAGUAGUAUUUCUCCAACCCCCACACAAUUAAGUGACAUUGGAAAAAUGUGAGACUCUAUACUGCUCUUGUAUGGGAAAAGGGCUGUUUAAAAAUAACCACAUUUCAUUGGUAAGAGUAGGUAGGGUUGGUGGAUAAAUUUGAUUCAGUUCGUAUUUAAAGGUAAACUUAGCAAAUCUGCAUUCUCUGAAAGCAUAUGUGAAACUAAAACACAGCCUUCACUCAAAAUUUGUACCUCUCUGAAUUUUGCAAUGCAAUUCUGCAGCCAAAUAAGGUGUACAGAAAACAUAAACUAAGAUUAAGUGUGCAUAUAAAUGCAUGUAUUAGUGUAAAUAACAUACAAAAAUACAGCAUAUUAGGGGAAAUUGCAUACAGAAACGCGUUAAUAAAAAUUCACACUAAAAGACUUGAAUUUCCAUGAGAUUUUUUUAAAAAUAAAAACAAACCACUAAUUGCUGCGGAAGUGUUGAGAACUGAAUUUUAGAUUGGAAGAAUGAGUAAGCUACAUACUUGUAAUGUAACCCUUUAAACAUUUUAUGUAUGGAAUUCUAUUACUAACUGCCUAGUCUUGGUGUUUGCAGCAAGAUGGUUCAGCUGAGCCCAAGAUAUUAUAUUGUUAUCUAAUAAAAGAAUGUAAUUUAAAAUAUUGAUGGCAACAGAUGCAGAAGGUGAGAUUCUGAAUUCUGGUACAGGCACAUAAACGAAUGUUGACUUUGGGAGGUAAUAACAGACUUUAGUACGUCAACACUUUUCCAGCUCUGUAAGCUGGCCUGCUGCUCAUUCUCUCACUAGCCUGGAGGCAAUUUAGAGAGAUAAACUAUGUUUCUUCCUCCUCCUCCUCUGCCUCCUGGAUCACCUAGCUACUAACUCUGAUUGGAAACAAAAUAUUCAGCAAAAGAUACAAAACUGUUGCCAUCUCACUCUAUUGUGUGCUGGGUUGGUCUAGUUUCAUAUGCAAGAUACUUAUAAGGAAACUGACUUCUUCAUUUUAGUGCAGAGCUUCUAGUUGGUUACUUCAGUAGCCUUUGAUCAAUGUUUGUCAUUCCGGAACAGGGGUGAGAAACUGGAUCCUGCUUGGUGGGCAGGAUUCAAAAUGGCCUACAUUCUGCAGGCCACUUAGAGUGGGGAAGGGGCUUCCAUUACCUGGUGUCAGGUGAUGUGACUUUGAAUCCAUGGCAUGCACAAGAAGAAUUAGGAGUGCACUCUGCAUGCACUCCAGAUUAUGAGUUUCUUCUUUUGCAGCCUUAGCUUACAUUCAAGCUACAGCUGGAAAGAAAGAUUUAGGAGUUCAUUUUAGAAUACAUUCCUGAGUCUUCCUUUUAAAUUGGCCUGCUGGUUUACCUGUGCCUUGACAUAUGAUUUCAUGUGAAGGGUGUGUGGGUGUGCUUUGGGCCAAAUAGGAGGCCCUGGUAGGCCCAUGGGUUAGAAGUUCCCCACUCCUGCUCAAGAGAGAGAGAGCAAUGAAUAGAGCUUAUAGGAGUUUUCCUGUAGAUAAGAAUAACUGCCUUGCUUGAUCUUGGUUUAAAAAUAUUCUCCUUGCUAACAGCAAAGGAUGUAAUAAAUGGAUAUGCGGCUCAUGAUUGAAAAGCAGGCAUAAUUUCUUAUCUUGUUCAGUUUGAUAUGAACCUUUCUUCUGAAUCGAUUGUUGUCAGUUGUAAACCACCAGGGUUAAGUAAUGUGCUCCAAUUUGAAGAUUUGCCUGUUUGUUCCACCUCAGGUUAAUUUGCUAAAGCUUAGCAGGCAGGGUGAUAAAUGCCUUAGAUAUUUCUAAAAUAGGUAGCUUGGGAUUUAAGCUGCCAAUUCCAGAACUCUUGAAGUGCCAACUAGGAUUCUGUGAGUUUAGCUACAGCUUUAUAGCUUUAAAGGUUUGAUGCUUAAUAUUUAUUGAGCUAGUGCAGACAAAAUAUAUUCUUUUUCUGAAGAAAAAGUGAAGUUAAAACCUUAAGUCGUGUCAGGAACCCAACCAUGAACAGGAACCUUGACUUUUGACUCCACCUCAAUAUUCUUGAACCCCUUCAGACCUUGGACCCAUCUUUGACUACUACUUGGAGAUAAACUUUUAUUUUUAAUUAUAUAUUGCUGUCUUCCUCUUUUUCUCUCUAAGAUGCUCAGUUGCAUCUUAAGAAUACAGAAGGGAGUACAGAAGAUGAGAAAACCCACUUCUUUUGAAAUUCCCUCUUCCAUGUAAAUUGUAAAAGUGCAGGGGAGCUGCCCAUAUCUGCAUCUGGCCACCCUUUCUUUGUUUUCUCUCUUUUACAGCCCAGUCCUAACCACGUCAACUCAGAAGUCCUAUUGAAUUCAGUGGGGCUUACUCCUAGGUAAGUAGGGUUAGGAUUGCAGCCUAAAUCAUUAGACACAAGAUGCUAGUUAUGUCAUUGCUGCAACCUACCUUAAAUAGGAGUGUGGCCUACUUCUGUCCAUGAGUAUAAUGCACAUCCUGUAAAUUAUUAUUUCUUUUCAUGAUCAGAGUUGCUGUAUGAGCGCCGCAACCCCAUAGUCGCCUUUGACUGGACUUAACUAUCCAGGGGUCCUUUACCUUUUUAUAAGGACUCAUCCACACUUCUUUUUUAUUUAGUUUUUAUUGUCCAUACUUCUGCUUGUCCUGUGCCUACAAAGCACAGAUCCAAGUGGUUUUCUGCUUGCCCUAUGCUUUCUAGGCAUGGGUCCAAGCAGUUUUGCCUUUUCCCUGCUGCUUUCCCCUGGAGAACCUAUUCUUUAGUGCUAAAUUGGAGCAAACAUCAAUCCAGAAAAAACCUGAUUGAAAUUUGCUCUGAUGCCACAGUAAACAGUGGGUUUUCCAGGGAGAAAGCAUCAGGACAAUUAAAAGUGUGGAUGAACCCUAGGUUUUCAUACACUAAUGAUUUGCUUUUUAACACAAGAGAUAAUUAAAGUUCAUUUGCUUUUCAUUUCCCUGAUAGCAGGAUGCAAAAGUCUUAGCUUUUAGAAUAUUUCUGUUUCUGAAAUAAAAAUUAUGCUGGUCUUCCUAUUUGUGAACUAUUCACAGUGUAUUUUAUUGCAAAACUAACAAUCAUUCCUUAGGAAAUGGUUUUAAUUGUUACCUGUGGUUCAUUCGUCAAUCUCCCUGCAUGUGAGAACUUUAUUUUGGGACUGUACUUUUUGCUGGUUUAUGACAGACAUAGCUCCACUGUGCCUGCUAAUGGCAGUUAGUGACAUGAACCCCUUUUGAAAAAAAUGUUUAAACAUUUCUACCUCCUCUCUGAUUAUCCUUAUCUUGGGGACUGGACAGUUAGAGAAGCAAAUUCAUCAUGCCUUUUGGCUCAAUUUGAGACUCAUUAGGAGCAAAAUAUAUAUUUUCUUAAUCAAAGGGAUUGGGAAAUAGAUCCAUAGUUCAGGUACAAUGAUUUAUAUGUUAUUUCUCUGUGAUAAUCAACUGAGUGAAGGAGAGGGUGUAUUUGAAGAUGUACUCUGAAGCUGAUCAGUGGGAGAGGAUAUGGUGGUGAUUGUUUGAGAAUUUAUAACCAUGUGCAAGUAAGAUUACAAAGCUGUCUCAGAAGGGUUUACUUUAAAACCCUUCUGACAUCUACCCUCAUAGCAACUGAUCAGGCAGCAGUUUUCUCUGAGUUUGCUGCCGCAAAUAUGUCUGUAAACUAGGCUUUCCAGACAGGCCUUUGCACCCUAAAGCAACAAUUGAUCUGAGGCAAUUACAGGAUUCAAACCCUGUCACCUCGUCCAUUGGGGAUUCUCCGUCCUUCCUUCUGCUGGGCCAAGGUGCUGUUUUUGCCAGUUGGUUCUGGUGUGUUCUAAUUUGCAGAGAACACCUGUUCCUUAAUUAUCCACAUCCCUUGUCUGUCUCUUUGUUUCAGCUCUUUUUGAUGUAUGAGCUAAUCAUCUCUUUUUGAAGGGGGUUGUGUUAAUUGUUUGACUGUGUGUUCCUAAGGAAGAAGGGCUGGGAACUGAAUAAUAACUUCCAGAUUUAAAAGAUGGCUGCUCUUCUUUUGGUACUGAUGCAACUUUUCGAUCUACUUGCUGUGGUCAUGUGUUUUGGAGUGCACCAAAUAAUCAUUGUUAAUAGAACAGUGAGAAAUGGAAGCAUAUGAGAAUCUUAACUGCAGUUGAGCAUAUUGUGCUAGUAUUGCUUCUAGAUUGCCUCUAAACCAGGCAUGAAUGGGAGGGGACAACCAAAGUGCUUCUGCUGCGACAACCUAAGUGUUAACUUCAGUCUCCAUGUCUGUUUGUCACUGAUUCCCCAAGCUACCAUGGGAUGCUUUGACAUUGAAUUGUUGCUGGGCAGUAGUGAACAGUAUUGUGGGGCUGUACCACUUACCUGACCUCCUUCCUGCUGAGUCACUGCUUCAUGGGGGUAGGAGGACGCAGUGGUGAGGUCAGUGCAGUACUAGCAUGCAAGUAGAACCAAUCCUUUGAUCCAGCUGGUGCUGACCUUAUCACAUCCUCAUUCUCGCCCCUCCCCCCAAUCUCUCCAUCCUGAUAUGCAGUGCCUUCGCCAGAGGGAAGUCAGGUAAAUAAGACAUACAUACUGUGCCAUCAGCUACUGCAGCUAGGUAAAACAAAUUAAAACAGAAAUACAGCCCAUUAGAUGUAUGCUUUCGUCCCAUAACACUUUCCACUUUAAUUCUAAUUGUGCAAGCAUAGUUACGGAAGUUUUCACUUAUUCUUUAUAUUUAGAACUUUGAUACAGGGAACAGAAAAGAAAACAUAAGCUGAAUGGAUCAAUGUAUCUCUUUAUUAGUAAUCUUUUCCCCACCCUCUUCCCUUGCCAAUAAAAAUAAUCCCUCUGGGAUGGGAGUCUAUUUCACUUAGCUCAGUCCACGCUCACCCACAUUUCAAACCUCUUGACAUUCUUUGAGUGUUCUUUAAAGCCCUCUUCUCAUUAUUAUAUAGCUUAGUUAAUUAGAGACUUUUGGUGGAGUAGUACUUCAUUCCCCAGUGAUAGCAAAUCAGCAUAAAGAGGUCACAGCUCCUUCGCAUGUUGUGCAUUUUCUCUGAUCCUGUUGUAUUGCCUGGGCGGUGAAGGAAAAUUGCAUAGAUGAAAUGUUAUUCUUGGCUACUAAUGCUGCAUUUUGUCAAGGGUCUCUGAAUGGGCAGGUUUUCAAAAGACAGCUUCAGGAUGCUUAUCUGAGCCUGUUCACAUCCUCACAUUGCUUUUAGACCAGUAGUUUUCAGCCACUGGUCCCAUUGCCUCCCACUGGGAUCUGCAGAAAGAGGGCUGGCGUAGAGGAGGAGCUAUUUUCUGAAGCAGCAAAUGGAGAACUUUACUGUCAGCAGUAGGUCAUAGCUGUCUGGUUGGUUGUUUUAAUUAGCAGGCUAUUUUCUUGCAUAAAUGUGCCCUUAGUGGCUCACAACACAAUAAGAGUAAUACAUCUCAAAACAUCAUUGAUUAAAUGCCGCUUUUCCACAAUGAGUUGUGCCUAAAGCGGCUUACAGCAAAUGUCCAAACAUCGAAAUACAGAGCAUUGGAAAUACAAAUAUACAAAAUACAAAACAUGCCAGUAAAUUAAAAAAUGAUAAAAAUCAACUAUUUGGCAAACACAGAACAAGUUCAACAGUAAUUAUCUAGGCUUAAAGAUGUAAAUUCAAAGAAAAACAAGAGUUAACAAUAAAGUUUUUGGUACUGGUCUUGCUGCACUCCAAGGAGCCUGACUUAAAUACAAUUCAGAGAAGAGGGGUAGAUGACAUACAGCUGGCUCCCAUAUCUCUCCUCCGGGGGAGACUGACAGCAUCGAAAGGCAAAUGUCAGAGAGGGUGAUGAUGGUAAGUCUCUUCCUCAGCAUCUUGCACAUGUCAGCUGCUGAUGCAGGUCUUAUUGCCCUUCAAAAGCCCUCAGUAUCAUGGCUUAAAUACAGUACAGAGGGGAAGGGUCCCCUCACCAGACCGGGUGGCAUUACGAUAUAAAUAAUGUAAAAUAAUAGUAAAUAUUGCAUUCCAAACAACCCGCUCUUUUCAGUGUCACUUUUAUAACAUUUUUAAGUUGAUACAAAAUUAUCAGUCAUUUUGUAUCAAUAGUAUCAGUUGAUACUGUUGAAAUACACAAACCAGUCACAGGAAACGUUCUAGUGCAGCCACAUAAGAAAUUGUAUAACUGGUGCGUCAAAACAGAAAUGCUUAUAAGCUUGUUUUCCUUAAGAACUAUUUUCGCAAACCUUAAGUCUUAAUUCAUAAAACGUCUAUGUUAUUUGAAAACCACCCCAUGUCUAAGCUAAGUUCCAUGCUACUUGCAGGUGUUCUCAAGGAGACACAAGGGAAUUUUUAGGUUGAUUGGUAAAAGGAAGCCUUAUAGAAAAAUACUUUUGCUUGGUGGUACUGAGAGUUUAACAGGAAGGGUGGAUAAGCAGAGGGUUAUACAUGAUGACUUGGCUGGAACUCCUUCACCCGGCCCAGCACAGGACCCAGGGAAGCUGGGGUGCCAUUAUAGAGACAUACUGCUAAUUCUUUAUUUUAUUUUUAAGGAUUCUCAAUCAAGGCAGGAGUAUUAAAUUAGAUGUUAUGAUGUCAUUGUUCUUUUUAGCUUUGUGAACUAUCCUGCAAUCAGAACAUGCAAAAAUUAGCAUAUAGAAGAACAUAUAAUUGGAUAAAUCAGUGAAAUAGUGAAACAUUUGCUAUUAUGAUCAACUAUGACUCUGAAGAAAAAUGAGAUUAAAAUUUGAUAAAACUUAAAUGUGCAGAAGGAACUGAAUUAAGUAAUUGGGCUUAAUGAACUGGUUAAUUAUUGAUUUCAUGCAAAUGAUUGUUAUUUCAUUUGUAAUAUGAGGCUCAAUUUUUAACGAAUUAGCUGAUUUAUUAUAAUGAAGAAUCCCUUUAAUGAAUUAGUGGAUUAAAAUAAUUAGGAAACUGAAUAAUAAUUGUUUUACUGUUGAUGGACUUGCUGCUCUAAUUUGAAAGGCGAAAAUAUCUUAACUAAAUAAAGAAAAUGAAGACAAACAAAAUAUUCAUCCAAGAGAUGCAUUAGAAUUACAGGUGUGAGAUUAUUAGAUAAAUCAGGAACAUAUGGAAGCAGUCCCAGAGAGAGAAAAGGAUGCACGAGAGAUUAGAAAAAAUAUUUUUUAUAGUUUGAAUCCCUAGGGAAGAUACAAUUUACCUCAGAUGUUAUCCCAGAUAUAAAAAUAUAUAUUUUAGAAUGUCUAUGAAAUUACUCUCAUAAACCUUUCUUUGGAAAGCAUAUUACAGAAAUAGAUGCUUUUCAAGAAGGUGACUUGAUUAUAUGAUGUGUGUGUGUUAUAUAUUAAUUAAAAUAUAUUGAAAUUUAAAACCUGAAAGUUGUAUUCUGUCAUUCUCUGGCAUACUGUACCAUACCCUGGUGUUGCUGUUUUUUUGUUUUGUUUUGUUUUGUUUUGUUUUGUUUUUGCAAGUGUUUAAAAAUUAAGAAUAGUAAUAGUAAUAACCUAACUCAUCUGAGUUAGGUAAUGGCUAUGUAUUUGAAUAGGUGACUUCAGUAAAGGGAAAACUAUCAGAUAUUCAUAAAGUAGUUUAAAGAUGGAACCAUUAAAUAUUUUAACAUUUUACUUUGGACCACAUUUUUCAUAUUCUCCCAUGGACAACAUACUUGCUUCAACAAAGCAUAACUCAUCAAAUUAUGAUUGGUGGAAUAAAGUUGCAGGAAGUUUCAAAUCAUACCACUGACAAAAUCUAGUCCAGUAGAUUGAAGUCUAUUAUAUUAUGUGUAUAUAACCGUCAGAAGUGCAGAACAAUGCAAAUUCAAUGGUCCAAAUGGCUUUCUCCCCCAGAACUUUAUAAAUUAGUAACUUUACUUAUACAAAAUGUUUUGAAUUUUGAUAAGUGGAUGUUUGUUGUAAGAACAUAGGGGGUAUUUUAUGGACAGCAAAAUUUGCAUAUAUAAAAAUGUUAUCCCCAAUUUUCAUUUCAUUAAGCAGUCAGCACUACUGACUGAUGGACUGUGAUUAAUAAAAGCAUCUCAUAUGGCAAAUAAUGAGUUUCUCACAAAAUAAAUGGAGAGCUAAGAUUUUGAAAUAUUGAACUGUAUUACAAAGCUGCGGUAUUGUUGCACCAUUGGGAACUAUUGAGAGCUUUGAAGAAUAUUUAUGGCUUUCAUUGGAAUGAGACUAAACAGGCUCACUGACUACCAGCUUUAUAUAGGAAUUAAUAAAGAACUGACAUGUAGAAUCAGGAUUGCAGCUAAGGUUAACUUGCCCUUUAACUGUAGGAUAAAUUCUGCCACUUUCUUAGUCUCUUUAUCUUGCCAUUAUAGGUGAUUACAAUAAUACUAACUUUCCUUGUUUUGGUGUUUUAUUUAUAAAUUUUGAAUGAACAAGAGAAGAAAAAACUAUUGCUUGUCUAGACAGUAGAAAUAAAUGGAAAUUGGGUCUAAAAUUAAUCUUCCAAUAUUUUAUCAAUAUUUACAAAUUAGACAUUUUAAAGAAAGGUUGACAUUUAAUAGUGCUCUAACUAUUUGAGUUAUUAGACUAUCAGUGUAAUGGAUCUAUAGGACUUUUCCCAGCAGUUUUAUUAUGUGCUUUUAACAAACUGCUUUGCAGAAUCAGCUUUACUGUUCCUUAAAAAAAAAAAAGGGAACAGAACAUUGAUAUAAUUACACAAAAUAAAUUGCAAUAUCUAUUAAGACAAAGUGUGUCUCAAUUUGUAACCUUUAAUAUAAAAAAUUGUCCUUGACACCCAUAAAAUUGAAGAGAAUCUAUAUUAGUAAUGUGAAAUAUUGAAAAUCUGACAGUUUGAGGGCUGACAUGAUGCCCUUUUGUUUGUCACACUGAAAAAUUAAAAUGGUCUGGAUAAAUCUUUUCAGUGAAGAGACUUGUGUUAGGGGGAUCUGAAAUUGGGUCUCCAGCUGUUUUUUAAAAUAAAAGUUCAGUAACAGGUGAGGGGAGACUAGAAUCUUACUGGGACAUCUUUCUGAAUGAGAAAUCAUUGCCUCAUUGCCUUCUCCUCCCCUCCCUAGCUGAUUAUUUGCCUCAGGGGGCACCACGUACUAGUAUUAUAGGGCAAAGACUAGCUUGGGGUGAUUUUUUGUUGUGGCCAAUGUUCCCGUUCAAUAUUGUGGUCAUGAUUGGAUACAGCCUCUCUCUCCCCCAACCCAGGGGCCUGGUAGCCACUACAACUUUUUUUCAGUAACAUAACAACAACUAUAAUGGUAGAGAAUCUGAUAGCAUUCAAUAUACUGGCUCUUCUGUUGGGUUAUUUGAAGAGAGUCCACAAGAAGAGGAAGUUGAAGUGAUGUAAAGCAUAGUUGUGUUGGCAAAAAUGGGGAUGUGAAGAGAUGGGGGGGAAAACUGUGUGUGUGUGUAUAAUGUUCGACUUAACAAGUCUGGUCUCUGUUACAAAUUGAAGAAGAAUGAACAACCAUUUAGAAGUGGGAAUCUUCUGUUCACUUUUGAUACCUGUAGAGGGGUCAACCAGGAAUAAUUUUGGAUGUUUUAGCACCUUCCCUAAAUUUAUACUGAUUUGCUCAUCAUUUUUUGUUAAUUAUAUGCUAAUUCUCCCCCCCCCAUGAUGUAUUCUUUGUAUGGGGUAUUUAAUAUUGACAUUACAGUAUCUUUUAUUAAAAUCUAGAGAGUACUACUGCUAAAUAGGUUAGCAAGAACAAGUAUGCAAGCCUAAACAGAAUAUGGGCAAAGAAUGGAAAAUAAAUAUUUUGUAGAGCUACGUAGCAGUCAUAGCAAAUAUUUAUGAACCAAAAUUUCACAAAUGUUCUAAUUCUGCCCUAGUCAUAUGUCAGUCAAAUGGUUUGACUGUGAAAAAGGUUUGUUUUCAUUUUAAAACAAAAGAAUGAUUAUCAGUAAUAGAGACAAUUUAUGUGAGUUGUACAUAGUGAGUUUGCUUUUAAUGCCAUUAUUUUCUUGACUUUUUGUUUGUUCCUUAUUUCAGGCAGCAUUUACCAUCCUCUUGGGCCCAUUCACCUUUUUUAAUGUGCAGAAAACAAAGUAUCUUCAGAUCCUGACAUCACUCAUGAGGUGGAUAGGUAAGUCCAUGAACAACUGCUGUGCUGCACACACAUUACAAAUCAUGAUAUCAUUGUGAGUUCCUCCUCUGAUCUUACAAUAGUCAUGUCAUUAGACUGCUUUCAAUGAGUAGUUUUUCAUGCAAGUGAGAUGGUAGCUGAUAGGCAAGACUGCCAACAGUGCAAAAAUUGCUGCAUUGCUAGCCUUUGUAUCUCCCUUGGCCAGGCUGCAAUGGUUAGUUUGUAUGUCAUGAACCUCUCUGAUUCUUAGCCAGGAGACUAGGGUUUGUUGCUGCAAUUGCUAGACAUCUUGGAAACCUAGAGAGAAUAAUAAACUUCAUGAGUAAAGAGGGAACAGCAGUAUACAAAGAUAGAUGCAUUUUAUUUAAAGGUGUAAUUGAAUUUGAAGCUACAUUUGUAUGUGUUUAUGCGCCUCACACGGCCGAAAGCAGUUUUUCAUGAAUCUAAUUAAGGUUUGGGAUACAUUUGUUGCAGGCAGCAUACAUAUAGGAAGAAGACUUUAAUGAGGUAUUGAGCCCAAGAUUAGACAGAUCAACAAACACAGGACAUGCUAAUAAUAUCCCAGUUAUCUUUUAAAAAUGGUUGGCUGGGUAUUUGGUGAUAUUAUCACCCUAACAAAAGGGACUGCACUUAUUAUUGUAGCGUUCAUAGGUCUUUUUAUUACACUUUUAUAACAUCAUUUUUCAAGUCUGUUGUGAAAGCAGAAAUAGAUACGAUGUUUAAUCCUGAUCAUGCACCAUUAACUCUUUAUUGGGAAUUUAAAGAGAAAUCAUCACCUAUUUGGCAGCUACAUUACCUUUUAAAAGAGAAUUUCCGUGUGCUGCUCUGGUUCGCCAGAAGCGGCUUAGUCAUGCUGGCCACAUGACCCGGAAGCUGGACGUCGGCUCCCUCCGCCAAUAAAGCGAGAUGAGUGCCGCAACCCCAGAGUCGGUCACGACUGGACCUAAUUGUCAGGGGUCCCUUUACCUUUACCUUUAGUUUUCACUGCAGAGUAGGUGGCUGGAGUGGUGGUGAGAUUCUAAUCCCAUUGUUAUGGAUGGAUCAUGGAUCAAGUCCCCCCAAUGUCCGUAUUCAUGAAACAAAAAUGGUAUGAGUAAGCAAGAACAGCAUUUGUUUUACAAACAAGAGAUUCAUUUUGUAUCCAGUGGUGCUCACUUUACACAAAAAGGCAAUCAAAGACAAAUGCAAAAAGCAAGAGCGCUCAGUCAACAAGUAAUGAAGAGUCUUCAGCUCUGUGUAUGCUCAGAACAGAUGAAUGAUUGUGAUAUAAGUUAAAGCUACCACAUGGGGCUGUGUCUGAAGCAGUUUUGACUCCUUCCAUAUCUGCUAUAGUGGCUGUGCUAUAUAGUUCUCAUAACAAUAGAUGAAGUAGAAGCCUUCAAAGUGGGUUGUCUGAUCAGGCAUGCCAAUCAAUCACAUGGUUUUUUUUUGUUUUUUUUAAAUAAUAUUUAUUACUUUCCAACAAAUUAGACAUUACAUAGAAAAAGAAAAUAAACAAUACAAUACAAUACAAUACAAAAACAAUACCUAACACUAAACUAACAAAAACAAUUUAAACUAAGAAAACAAAACAAAAACAAUUUAAAACACAUCAAAUAGUUUCAAUCUUUCAUUCACUUAUUUCCAUGACCUCCUCACACCUCCCUUUUGUAUUCCACUUCUAUUAGUUGUUUCAGCAAUUCCUUUCCAUCUUCCUCUGCUUUCUAUCCUAUAAUUAUCUUAACACAUUUUAACCUUAUUUUUCCCUUUAAUUCUCUAUUAAUCUAUUUAUACUUAAUUCCUUAUAACAUUUCUGCUGAAGCCAUAUAACUUCAUUCCAACAUUUUUCUAACAUUCAUUGAUUUUACAAUAUUUCUGUAAAUAGUCUUUAAACUUUUUCCAAUCUUCUUCCACCGACUCUUCUCCCUGGUCUCGGAUUCUGCCAGUCAUUUCCGCCAAUUCCAUAUAGUCCAUCAACUUCAUCUGCCAUUCUUCCCGGGUGGGUAAAACUGGUGUCUUCCAAUACUUCGCGAUGAGUAUUCUUGCUGCUGUUGUAGCAUACAUAAAAAAAGUUCUAUCCUUCUUUGGCACCAAUUGGCCGACCAUGCCCAGGAGAAAGGCCUCUGGUUUCUUCAGAAAGGUAUAUAUGAAUACCUUUUUCAUUUCAUUAUAAAUCAUCUCCCAGAAUGUCUUAAUCCUUGGGCAUGUCCACCAAAGGUGAAAGAAUGUACCUUCAGUCUCAUUACAUUUCCAACAUUUAUUUUCGGGCAAAUGGUAAAUUUUUGCAAGCUUGACUGGUGUCAUGUACCACCUAUAAAUCAUUUUCAUUAAGUUUUCUCUUAAGGCAUUACAUGCCGUAAAUUUCAUACCUGUGGUCCAUAACUGUUCCCAGUCAGCCAUCAUUAUAUUAUGUCCAACAUCUUGUGCCCAUUUAAUCAUAGCUGAUUUCACCGUUUCAUCCUGGGUGUUCCAUUUCAACAGCAAGUUAUACAUUUUUGACAAAUUCUUAAUUUUAGAGUCUAACAGUUCUGUUUCCAAUUUUGAUUUUUCCACCUGGAAACCAACUUUUUUGUCCAAAUUAUAUGCCUCCAUUAUUUGAUAAUAAUGGAGCCAAUCUUGCACUUUAUUUUUCAAUUUUUCAAAGCUCUGCAAUUUUAGUCUGUCUCCCUCUUGUUCCAGAAUUUCCCAAUAUUUCAGCCAUUUGGCCUCCAUAUUGAGUUUUUUCUGUGCCUUCGCUUCCAUUGGUGACAACCAUCUUGGGGUUUUCUUUUCUAACAAAUCUUUAUAUCUUAUCCAUACAUUAAACAAUGCUUUUCUAACAAUAUGAUUUUUAAACGCUUUAUGUGCUUUUACCUUAUCAUACCACAAAUAUGCAUGCCAACCAAAUAUGUUGUUAAAACCUUCUAGGUCCAACACAUCAGUGUCUUCAAGUAGCAGCCAUUCUCUCAGCCAACAAAAAGCAGCUGAUUCAUAAUAGAGUUUUAGGUCUGGCAGGGCAAAUCCACCUCUCUCUUUAGCAUCAGUUAAUAUCUUAAAUUUUAUUCGAGGCUUCUUGCCCUGCCAGACAAAUCUGGAAAUAUCUUUCUGCCACUUCUUAAAACAAUCCAUCUUAUCCAAAAUUUGUAAUGUUUGAAACAACAAUCACAUGGUUUUGUUCAUGAGUAGGCAAACUAGGGGCCGGAUUCGGCCCAAUCACCUUAUAAAUCUGGCCCACGGACGGUCGAGGAAUCAGCAUGUUUUUACAUGAGCAGAAUGUGUGCUUUUAUUUAAAAUGCAUCUCUGGGUUAUUUGUGGGGCGUAGGAACUCGUUCAUAUUUUUUUUUUCAAAAUAUAGUCUGAAGGACAGUGGACUGGCCCCCUGCUGAAAAAGUUUGCUGACCCCUGGUUUUGUUGCUUAGAGAUCCAUGGGAGGGACCUCUUUGCCAUAGCUGUAUUCGGGUUUAGGAUUGGCUGAGUGAUGCAGAAAGCUGAUUGGCCAGAGAACAGGAGAUUGGCAGAAAUGCCUCUAAGUCCAAGGAGGCAUAAAAUGUGUGGGGAACAGGAAAGUGUGUGUGGAUUUGAGAUUUGGGGGAGGAAAUGUUUUAAAACUCCUUGACAUACUCAGUGGGAGGGCUGUGCCCCAGUAGCCCUAAUGAACCAGCCUUCACUGUCCUUAUCACACCAUUUUUAUCCUGACCAUAUAAAAUCUUUGUAGGCUCUGGCUUCCUUGCUGGAAAUGGUGAUCUCAUUAAGUGGUAUUAGGAAUGAAAACGUAAUUCCUUCUCAUGUCACUGAUCCAGGGCUGAUCACUCAACUUUCACUCUGUGUAGUGUGUAAAUAUAUCAUGCUGAUCUCAUCCUGUCUCUUUGAAAACCUGACAACUGUCUUUCCUGAAGUUGUAAGAUAAUGAAACCUUAGUACACAAGCCAGGCUUUGCCUCUGAGUGCUUGGUGAAGAUGAGAAAGGUGAGAACAGUUUGGGCACAAUGUAGGGAGAAACCUGUUCAUUAGUUUAAUUCCUGUUCAGGGCCAGUGGAAGAUAAGCUGCCCCCAGGUAAAAUUUAAUGACUAUGGCAAUGCCUUACUGACUAUUCAGUGCAUAUGAUUUUCAGUGAAUUUUUUUCGAGAGAAGAAGGAAAAUAAGAGCUUAGUGAUCUUAUUGAAAAGUCAGAGCUGUUGUCAUCCAGGGCAGUAUCUGUUUAUGCAGGGCAGCAGUGGGUUCAGAUUCUUACCAGCACCUAAUAUCUUCCUGUUAUUGUCUGAGCACACACAAGCGUUGCGAAUUCCAUGCUCAUUGGAGCAAAUGGCGAUCUUAUUAAGUGGUAAUAUGAGUUUGAAGAGCAAUCCUUUCUCAGCUUGGAAACAGAGUUAUUUGCUGUUAACAACUCUCUCACUGGCCUUAACUGAAGCAAAUGAACUCGCCUCCCCACCCCUGUUUUGCAGACUCCAUCCACUUGGACUCAAGAGCACAGAUAGCAUUUCCUGGCUCAUUACAAGGCAGUGGUGCCAAAGGUGUUUCUGGAAGCACCCUUGAGCUUUCAUGCCAAACUCUUUGUGUUAGGCAGACAGAUCCUAAUUAGUAUUUUGUACUGUUAACAGGCAUGCAUCUGUUUUUUUGUUUCUGCUACUUACAGGAGUACAUUACACUGUAGCCUUCUCUCUCUACUUAGUUUGGUUAAUUCUCUUUGUGGCACAAUGAACUUGGCAAAUCAGAGACCAGAAUCUCUUUAUAAUGGAGCAAUAAAUUUGAGGGAGCCGACUCACCUUAGUAAACUAUGAUUUUUAAAAUCUGACACACAGUAUGCCUGGCACAGGAGUUGCCUUGCUGUGCUCAGUGGUUUCAUUCAGGCUGGCGGACAUUAGUCUGUUCUGCUUCAGGUGUAUGCUAAAUUAAGAUGACCAUAGAGCAGAGUGAUCUUGACAACAAUUCUACAUAUGAAGAUCAUCUUGGGGACCUGCGUUUUUCAGUGGUAGUGAACACAGUCCCUUUGUUUUGAAGACAGCCAGCUACUGAAACAUCAGGCCAACAAUAUGGCAUAAGAAAUAUUUGAAAUCACCUAGGGCUUCAGAAUACAAGUGUGAUAAAGUCAGCAUCUCCCGACAGCUGGGGUAGAAUCUGUUAGCCUUUUGGGCAUGGUCUGGAAACAAAGGCUGGCAUGAUGUAGCAAACUCCUUGUCAUAACAAAUAAGAGGAAGAAGGGCACUGGGACACAUUACCUGAAGUGGAGCAAGCUCCAGAUAAAAGCGCCUCUCAAUGCAGAUGCCUGGAUCCAUAUUGACUCCUCUAGGGAUCCCUCUUCAUGCAUUCAUUUAAAAAAGAUUUUCAAAAUGCUUAUCUUGUUUUCAUAUUAAAACACAUUCUAGCCUCAGUAAUUCUGCCACUCUGGCAAGUGCGUUAAUAGAAUUAUUGAAAAUAAGCCUAGCUAUGGCCCUGUUAUAUUGCUGUUAGCUAAAGCAGUAUGUGCGAAAGCUUGCAGACAAUGCCUGGCGAUGUGUUAGAAGUCGGAAGGAGUGGUUGCAUAAGAUUACCAGCGGUCGAACGCUAAAUCAAUGCCUUACUUUGCUCCAUUACUAGCAGAAGCAGAUCUGUGUAUAAGAAGCAAAUGUGUCAUUCAACUAUAUAUACGUAAUAGAAUUUGUGUCACUUCAUAAAACUGAAAUAAUGUUAUGUAAAUUGGCUCUUCUUAGCACAGAAAAUGGUGUCAAGAUCUUAAAGAGUUUCAGAUAAGCUAAUGUAGCUUUUUGCUCAGAGAUGAUCCCAAGGCAGCAGUGAUGAAUGUAUUACUGGAUCACAGAAUUCAAUAAAUAGUUGUGUUUCACCUCAUGCAUUGGUUCAAGAAGUGCAAAUCAGGUAGGUUUGCAUUAAAAUACAAACUGAACACAUUUAUUAACAUGCCUAGUUAAUUAUUAAAUAAUCUGACCAUAAACAUUGAUAAAAGAUAUAACUUGUACUUAAUAUUCAUUAAAAAGUUCUUCUAGCACUUCUCUGUUAAUCUGUUUCCCACUUUAAUAAUUAUUGUUUAUUUUAUUGAAAGAAUUUCUAACCCACUGUUCAUUGAGUAAUCAAUGAGGUCCUUUUGCUCUUUGUCUCUCCAGCUGCUUUACCACACAUCCAGAUUAAUUCACGCAUCCUUAUUGUAUAGUGCUUGUCCUCCAAAAUAACUUCAUUGUCCUCCAAAUUUGUUUCCUUUUAGUUGAAUCCCAUUGUCAGCUCCAAUGCCCACAAAUGGCCAUAGUUAAGAUUCCCAAAUAUCUAGUCCACCAAUUCAUUCAGUGUGUGCUUGUUACUGCUAAAACUUAUUUAAAUGGUCUCUUACCUCUCUAACUUCCCUGUUGCUCUUCUACUCCUUCAGUUCAACUUUCCCUCCCAUCUCCGCAACUGCCUUGGGAAGCUAAGUGAGGUACCUGAACCUUUCUGUUGGACCUUGAUGGGGUUGUGUGUGUGUGUGUACGCGCACAGUUAUUUUAAGCUAAUAUGGCCCAGACAAUAGGACAGAGUCUUGGUUGGAUUGCUGGAUAUUAUCUGGUCUCAGAGCCAAGAUGUCCCAAUUAUGAAUCUGCUCCCAGAUGAACCUGACCACAUGGCUGGUCUAAACUAGUUCCAGUGUUGCCUCUUUGUGUGUGCACAUGUGCAUGACAAACAGCCAUGGAGGCUGCAUGCAGCCUCAGUAAACUGGUUUGGUUUGGGGUAACAUCUGCUCCCAGGAAUAUCUGUGAAUGAAUGAUCGCACGGGAGUUUUCUAUUCAUUGCCUGUGCUAUCAUCCACCAACCUGAGCCGACUGCAUUUUUAGACUGGAUAGAUCAACUCUUGAUCAGAUCUUAAUAAAGCCAUUCUUAAGACCUGGAACACAUAAAGGUGAAGUUGUAUUUUGCCUAUAUUGAGCUUGGUCUUCUGUGCUUGUCUAUUAUUCUGUUUCAUUUCUGCUUCAUAAGCUGGAGGGAACUACUUAUGCAGUGUGAUUUUAUUCCUUUUUGCCAGACAACAGCACAAUUUUUAUUUUUCUUAUGAAGGUUGUAUAUUCUUGCUGGUAGUGUGUUUUUCCCAAAAUUAAUGCUUAAAGGGCUUUCAUUAAAAAAGAAGGCUGUGUCAAAGAAGGAAGGUCGGAAAGUAAUGUGUGUAGGUUGCAAUGGUGUAGACAGAUUUGGCAAUAAGAUAUACUGUUGCUUACUGUAAGAACAAAUGUUACAUGGAAAUUAUUGCCAAAUUGCUCUCUGUGUAGAUUUCUCAGUGGGUAGUUGGAUAACAAUACUUCCUGUAUGACUGGGGAUUUAUGUAUUUACAAAAAAUAUAUAUACUAUUUUUUAGCCUUCAAGCGGCCUUCUAAAACUGUGAACAGGAAAAUUUUAGCCCCACCACUUAUUUAAAAAGCAGCCUCAAGAGAGGAAGAUAUAACAACAACAACAAACUCCCACAGCUUGUUUGGAUAAAAAUAACCACCACCUCCCUACAAACCAGUAAAGAUGGGGACAAGUAAACCUGUCUCAGAGUUUCAUAACCACAGUGCUGCCACUGAAGAAGCUCUGUCUCCUAUCACUGCAAGACAUGUCUCUCUCAACAGAUCAAGCAAUAGGGCUUCCGAUGAUGGCCGCAGGUGACAAGUGAGUUAUUAUGGGAGGAAGCAGUUCUUGAGAUAUCCUAGCCCCAAACCAUUUAGGGCUUUGUAGGUAAAACCAGUUGCUUCAAAUGCACCUGGAAAGCAGUGGAUCUUGCCUCUGUUCAGUUUUAACUUAACAACAAUCCUCUGUCUGAGGCUUCAUGUUAAUUUUGUGAUGAACUGACAUGCUGAAAAAUAGCUGACAGGCAGUAGCUUAUAUUAGUUCUUUUACAACCCCUUCCUUUCAAAAAUCAUAUUGAGAGGGCAGAGUAUGAUCUGUUGCUCAUCCUGUUUUUUGUGUAAACGACAUGCCGCCUAGAUCUACUGUGAACUAUGUAUAAUGGUAUUCUAAAAGUAGUUAUCUGAAACAUACUUUUCAGGCUGCCACCAUCACACAAAUCCUUCUUUGAUGCUCAGAGCAACUUCAGGUAUACAUGAUGAUAGGAUAUCAUGGCACAUACUUUUCUGAUCUUCACAACAAAUACAAUGGAUAGGUCAUCUUACACACUGGUGGCAAAGCUGUGGCUUUCCAGAUGUGGUUGAGCUGCAACUCACAGCAACCCCAGUCAGUUUAUGACCAGGAAUUAUGGUUCAGCAACAUUGGGGGGCCAUAGUUUAGCCACCCUUGGCCUAGAGCCCGGCAUGCAGUGCCUCAUUUUUUCCAUGCAGCGUUGUAGAAUGUUUAAUUGGUUAAUCAAUUAGUUUGUACUGCAUGUGUUGAGAAGCAUAUAUUAAGGGCUAGAGAUCAUGGGAAAAACACAACAGUGUGGAAGAAUUCAUCAUUAAACAUUGACUUUGUUAGCAGCUAAGGCAUUUAAUUGCAACUUGUUACAGUAUGAGACUCCUAGCAGGCUGCAGAGCCAAUGCUGAAGAGUUUACCCAGCUAGCCCUCAGUCAGGAGCAGGUUUUGUUCAGUUUGUUACAGAUGCUAUAUCUGCUAUUAUUGAAUGUUGUUAUAUUUUAAUAAUUAUACCUUCUGCAAAUUCCCCAGAGUGCUUGCUUUCAGUUUCUCAGUCUAUGUUUUCUUUCAGUGGUGCCCUCAAAUUUACUCAUUUCAGGAAAAUUAGCAUGUUAGUCCUUUGUGCAGUCUUCUUCCAUGGACUGUCACAAACACUUUGGAAAGGUAGUGCCUGGAUUUCUGCUCUUCUAACUGAUAAGACCACACAGAAGAUGGAGGCUGAAAUCUUUUGCCCACUUACUUGGGAGUAAGUCCCUUUGAACAAUUGUAGGUACCGUAUUUUUCGCCCUAUAGGACGCACUUUUUCCCCUCCAAAAAUGAAGGGGAAAUGUGUGUGCGUCCUAUGGGGCGAAUGCAGGCUUUCGCUGAAGCCUGGAGAGCAAGAGGGGUCGGCGCGCACCGACCCCUCUUGCUCUCCAGGCUUCAGGAAGCUAUCCCCCCAGCCCGGCAAGCUCCCAGAGCGAUGCCAAAGCUGCGCGCAGCUUCGCCAUCGCUCUGGGACCCGUUCUGGGGGCUGGGAUCGGGGGAAGCUCGGGCUUCCCCCACCCCCAGCCGUGCAAGCUCCCAGAGCGAUGGCGAACGUGUGCGCACCAUCACCAUCGCUCUCUGACCUGUUCUGGGGGCUGGGGGCGGGGGAAGCUCGGGCUUCCCCCACCCCAGCCCCGCGCCUGGGGGGGGGGAAAUAAUUUUCCCCCCUUUAUUUCCCCCCCAAAAUCUAGGUGCAUCCUAUGGGCUGGUGCGUCCUAUAGGGCGAAAAAUACGGUAUAUUUAUUCAAAGGUAGGUGCAUCUAGGUCCUAUAGAAACACUGCAGAAAAACUGACAAUAAAACUGGAGAGUUCUGCUUUGCACAUCUAUGCAUGUUUUUUCUUUUCAUCCUUUGAACUCUCAUUCAAUUGCUUUCCAUUAAAUUUUGGAAAGUUAUUUUUAAGAAAAUGGUUGUGUCGAUACAGUAUGCCUUGCUUCACUAGUGGAUAGAUUAGGAAAUCAAUACUAGUGGCAGGUUCCCUACAUACACACAACUGGAAAAAAUGCUCAGAUUAAGCGGUGCCUCUGAUGGAGAAGUAGCAUGUGGAAUGGUUUUCAAAAGAGGCCCUUUCUGCAGUACGGUUCCCAUUAUUUGUACACAUUUAACAAUUUAUAUAAUCUGUUGAUAAAUGUUUUAGACAGUAGUGGUGCUUGAACUUGGGAUAAGAAUGAAAACUGGGUAUUAUAACCCAAUUUUGCAUGGUGGUUCCUGACAUCAAGAGGUUUUUGUCUUUAUGGAUACAGUUGAACACCAUUUUGAAAUAAGAUGGUAGAAUAAACCUUUCAGGACUGUCCUGAUUUUAUUUUUUAUUUUUUUUAAUGAUAUUUAUUGGGGGGGGAAAUUUUAAGAUUACACAAAAGAAAAGACAAGACAGAAAAAAAAUAAAAUAAAACCAUCAUUCUCAAAUUCUCCACUUUCAAUACCGUCUUUCUUUGACCUCCUCCUCCUCCCUUUUCUUGUAUCCUGAUUUAUAAUAAUCGCAGCAAAUCCUUUCCAUAAUUCAUAGUAUUCUGUCAUUACAUUACCUUAAUCUAUUUUCAUCUUAUCUUAUGAAAAACCUUAAAGUUAAAAACUUAAAUCUUAUUUUUACCAACUUCUCCUAACCAUAACAUUCUUACUUAAUUCUGUAGACAUUUUUACAAGAGCCAAAUAAUUUCAUUUCAACAUUUUCCUAACAUUCAUCAAUUUUAUAGAACAAUCCUAAUAAUAAAAAUAAAAGAGAUAAUCAAAUCUUCAUCCAGCGUCCCUUCCUCCUGGUCCCGGGUUUUGUCAGUCCUUUUUAUCCUAUUAAUCUGGCACAUUAACCUGGUAAUCUUAUAUCCGAGGCCCUCAAGUCUCUUCCAUGUCCCUUCCGCAACUCUUCUUCAUAUUUUCCUUUCAUUCGUGGGAACUCCAGCUUGAUAAUGUUUUUGACCCUUUUCAACAAAACAGCCCCUUUUCCAUAGUCCAGACUAGACUCCAUGUGGUAUUUAAAAACAUGUUCCAGAUUCCCUCCAAAAUUGAGAGCCCCCACAGCUCCAGACAUCUGACGGCCCAUUUCCAGACUCGAAAAGUCCAAAUCUCCCUGUAUAGGGGGGUCUGUCCAACCCCCCAUUUCCAAACCAAACCAGACUUUAUCUUUCCAAGUCUGGUUUUUUCCAAGUUCAUUUGUCAAAUCCAAAAAUUUAUAUUCCUGCUGGGCCGCAGCUCCCUCCGUCUCUGGCGCCCAAGAUUCAGCAGCAUCCUCUUCUCUCAACUGUUCUGUCAUGGCGCGCUCCUGUUUUAGUUCCUGGGUGGGCUCCAUAUAAUUUCCCACUACCUGUUCAAAGGUUCUGGCCGCAUUAGUCAUCAAAUCCGUCUUCUGGCUUAACUGAUCCAAUAGGGCAUUUAUUUUGCAGAGAGCACCCAACAGUGCUUCUGAAGACAUUGUCCUGCAAGGUCACAGAUCCUUUCCCACGGUUGUAAUCAGUGACAGCUGUAAGCUCCCAGGGAUUAGUUACAAUUUCACAGUCCCCCUGUAGGGGGAAAAACUUCUGGUUGUUCUUUCUUUUAAAAACAAUAGCAACAAAGUUGCUUUUUUAAGAUAUUUUGUCCAUAUUUGUUCUUUUAAAAUGCGAAAGGAAACAAUGGAAUCACUAUGUUUCUCUUCUUCUAACUAUGUGUCAAAGACAUUUGUUUCUGGUCAGUGAGCUUCAAACGUCCAUUCUGACACCCCGCUCCAGGAUCAGGACGGUGGAAAAUUACUUUGCUUUAAACUCACUUCUGCGGGUUUAAACAACCCCAAAAAAAGAAGAUCCCCCUUCUUCUCCUGCUACCGAAGGGGGGUUCAGCGAUUUUAAAUGAUGAAAGCCAAUCCUUUGAAAGUGAUUUUUAAAGCUCUAGUUUGCGUUGUCUUUGCUUUAUUCUGGUUACAAGGAAACGGAAGGCUGACUUCCUGUUUAAACCUUCCCAUUUCAAUACCAAAUUAAGGUGAAUUUUUAAGUCCAAAUUCCUUUCUAUUUCGCCAGUUCUUAUUUAAAGUCCAAAUGUUCAAUGUUCCAGUACUCACGGUUCGUUAUUUUAGAUGCCAAAUUGUCCCAGGAAAAAGGCAGCGCUCUCCGGCAACGGCUAUGCGGCUUCGCUCCACAGAAAAAGCAAUUGACUCACAGCACCGCGCCUCUUCCCCCUCUUCGCUUCGGAGCCCGUUAGUGGGUCCCUUUGCGGGUUGGGGGGGCGCUAAGGGUGCCCGCCGAGCAGGACUGUCCUGAUUUUAACCACUGGUUUCAAAACUGUACUGAUUUUUUGUUUUCUUAGAAUUCCCAAGCAACACUGAGUGUGAUGCUUCUAGGUUUGAACUUUGGAUAGUCACUUAAUGAUGUGUUCAUUUCCCCUGAUCUUGAGAAGAUCCAGUGAGCUGCUCCUUUUUUUGUUUUAUUUACCGUAUUUUUCGCUCCAUAAGGCACACCGGACCAUAGGGCGCACCUAGUUUUUAGGGGGGGAAAUAAAGAAAAAAAAUGUAUUCCCCUCCCCAGCCCCAAAGAGCAAAGAAGCCAAGGCAGCGAGCGGGAUCCUUGUCUUCGUUUUUAGCCGCGGGGCUGGGGACGGGGGAAGCCCAAGCUUCCCCCGACCCCAGCCCCCAGAACAGGCAGCUAUCCGCAAGCCUUCCGAGCGCAGCUGUGCUCCGAAGGCUUGCGGAUAGCUGCCUGAAGCCUGCAUUCGCUCCAUAGCAUGCACACACAUUUCCCCUUCAUUUUUGGAGGGGAAAAAGUGCGUCCUAUAGAGCGAAAAAUAUGGUAAAGCAUAUGAUGCAUUAGUUUGCUACACAAGUGAAAGAAAUUAGUUCUCCAUUUCCAGAGAGCCUCUCUCUAGUGUUGCUCAAUUCUUACUUAGAAUAAAUACCUAAAAUGCAUGUGAUUUUCUUCUGUGGUGGUUCAUCUGUUACCAUUUGCCUUCUCUAAGAUGAGCAAUUAGCCAAAACAAAACAAAAGAACCCUCUUUUUCUGAGCUGCUGCAUAGAUUCAUAAUUCCAUACAGUAGUAUGGCUGUCCUGCUGCUGUUUUUAAAUUAAAAUGUAAAUUCAUCCAGAGAUUCCAUCUCUGAACUAGUUUUGUUCCCACUCCUAAAAUUUGAUAAUUGCUAAUUGGGAAAGGGGACUGGGGGAAUACUUCAAUUUUUUAGAGCCACGGCUUGUACAGAGGUUUAAAAACUCUUGCUAUUUCCAGUCUCCUGCAGUGAGAUUAGUAUGUCAGCAUCCUUCCCCUCUAGACAGGCACUCUUCUUCUGAUAAAAGGCUGAGCUUACUGUGACAGUUUAUGAUAGGCUCAUUCAGACUUCUUGCUCUUUCGAGUCUGUUUUACACACUGUACAGGUAGGAUGGGUAAAAUUCUGAGCCACAAGCCAUUUCAUGUUUGUUUUAAGGGUAUUCAAGUGACGUCCUUAUCUCACCAAGUUUGUACGUGUGCAUUUUCUUUGUUUCUUUUGAGGGAGGACAAGAACAGCUGUAUAGUGGAUAAAUAAUGCACUUAGAAGGGAGAAGAAAAUAUAUUUACAACGACAAAGUUGAAAUACCAUGCUUCUCCACAAUCUCAUCUCUUUGUGAAACAUCUGCUGAAGAACUAGUUUUCAGCACCGUCUGUUGGGGGUGAGGGGUGAGGUAAAGUGGUGCCAUUUUGAGUCUUAGUCCCUUGUUAGUUUCAGAUAAAAAAUCAAGAAUGAUAUAGAGUGCUUUAUCUGGCUGUUGAAGAUCUUGCUAGAUAAAAUGAGUGUUUAAGAAGAGCGUUCCCCCCCCCCCCCAGACUGGAAGAGAAAGUUGUGCCAUUUGCAUAGGCCACUUCAGUUAUGUUUAGCUGUGGCAUUCAGAGCAACUGUUUAUUUCAGUUUCGUGCUACAUCCAGGGUAGAAAGGAGGAGUAACCCUAUGGAACUGGCGGAAAUGACUGGCAGAAUCCGAGACCAGGGAGAAGAGUCGGUGGAAGAAGACUGGAAAAAAUUUAAAGACUAUUUACAGAAAUACUGUAAAAUUAAUGAAUGUUAGAAAAACGUUGGAAUGAACUUAUAUGGCUUUAGUAGAAACGUUAUAAGGAAUUAAGUACAAAUAGAUUAAUAGAGUAUUAAGGAAAAAAUAAGGUUAGAAUGAGUUAAGAUAAUUAUAGGAUAGAAAACAGAGGAAGAUGGAAAGGAAUUGCUGAAAUAAUUAACAGAAGUGGAAUACAAAAAGGGAGGUGUGAGGAGGUCGUGGAAAUAAGUGAAUGAAAGAUGGGAUAAUGAAAUUGUUUGAUUUAUUUUAUUGUUUUGUUUUGCUAGUUUAAUGUAUUGCAUUGUAUUGUCUUUUUAGUGUUUAAAUUUUUGGAAAAGUAAUAUUUUUUUUUAUUUUUUAUUUUUAAAGGAGGAGUAACCCAACAUGCCUUAAUAUCUGUAGUAGAGUAUUUCGUUGCCCAGGCAGUUCUAGGAAAUUGUGGUGCUUCAUUGGAUACUAGACCCACCAAAUUCGAGAAGUUUUCUUGAUAUGUAAGAUUUACAUCUUGUUCAUGACAUGCCCAAGUUCUGUCCAAAUAUACAUUGGCAGAGCUGGUGCUAUAAUGAGGCACAUUGAAACCAUUGUCUCAGGCAGCAGGCACAUGUGGUUAGGUUAACAAGCAUGGACUGUUGCUCCCAUGCCUCAUUGUUGCUCCACUCUCAUAUUUCUCCACUCUCAUUAUUGCUGCCUCUGCCACUACCAUUCACCCAGCUGCACACUGAGCCUCUCCAACACCUGCACCCUCCUCCUCUCUUGCUCUAGCACCUGAGGAAAGGCCCAAGGAGCCUUUCUCAGAGCAAGGCAUUGUGAAGUGUACUUAUAAAAAUACCUCUGAGCCAGAAAACUAAAGCAACAACAAUGAGGCAGGGCACCUGCACUGCCAUAGCUCAAAACGGUGCAUAAAUGUAGGAAAAAGUUUAAAGUUAUGCUGUUUAAAGUAACUUUCACCUUGUUCUUAAGCUUAAAAAACAUUUCUAGCUGCUACAGCAGUGUGGGACCUUUCCCAGUACUUUCACAUCUUUACCACCUAAAUGCACAGUAUUCUGUCAUACUCAGUUUGAGGGAUAUCAUCCUUUUUCUCAUGGGGUGACAUAAGUGAAUUUCAUAAAGUACAUUUAGUUGAAAUUGAGCAGCGUAGCAAGUACAUAGUUGUGCUAGUGCCCCCAGAUUGUGAAGUUUUGCUGUCUACUAGAUGAGAAUAAAUUAGGCAAAACAGCAUUCCCAUUUUGCUGACUAGGUGCCUGCAGUCUUUUUUUUAUAAGACUAUAAUGCCUCCCUAUAUCUUGCUUGGUCUUCUAUCUCCUUACAGGCUGACCCUCCACAUUGCUCCUGUGUCCUCUUUUGGGGACACUUUUUUUCCAGAGCCUGCUCACAUUCUGAACUUCUUUGUCAUUUCUGUUGAGUUCUUGUUCCUAAGAGUGAUAUAUUAAUGAUGUAUUUCAGACAUUGCAGUUCUUAUAGUUUGUUAUUCUUGCCACUGUUGUGUACUGGAAUAUGUAAUAAAUUUUAUGAAAGCUUGCAUAGAAUGAAGCCUAUGGCUCAAAUAAAUGUGAAGAAGAUGAUGCCACCUGCAGGAGAAUUGUUAAAUAACUUAAAACAAAAAACAUAAUCAUGCAUCAAAUUAAGUGAACUCUACUCCAUGAAAGUUGCACCAUAAUGAAUUUGUUAGUCUUUAAGGUGCCACAAGACUAUUGUUUUUCCUGUUCCUUCUGGAAACUUUAAAAAAGUUGAUCAAAGACAUGAUUACUUGAAAUUAAGGGGAACAGAAGUCAAUGUGGCUUACAAGAUACUUCUUUUUUAAUCUUGGUGUUAGACUAAUACUAGUGUUUCAGUAUUGUCCAUCAUUUACCCUCUGUUUGCUUUUCUCUUGAAUCUUACCUCAGAACCUCUCAGUGCCAGUGUUUUGCUGGGUCUCUAGGCCAUCACCCUAACAUUUUGCAAGCCUUUGCUUAUACAGUGGUACCUCAGGUUACAUACGCUUCAGGUUACAGACUCCGCUAACCUAGAAAUAGUACCUUGGGUUAAGAACUUUGCUUCAGGAUGAGAACAGAAAUCGUGCUCUGGCGGCGCUGCGGCAACAGGAGGCCCCAUUAGCUAAAGUGGUGCUUCAGGUUAAGAACUGUUUCAGGUUACGAACGGACCUCUGGAACGAAUUAAGUACUUAACCCGAGGUACUACUGUACUAAGGGAUCUUGACAACAACUGUCUAGGAGCAUGUGCAACUGUGAGAGGAAGAAUCUGCCCCUGAACCCUCUCCUAAGGGCAUUUCCCACCUUCAGAGGGACUGCAAUAUCCUCUCCUCUUCCUCCUCCUGUUUUCCUCCUGGUGCUUCCUCCUCCUAAGAGUCUAUCCUGAUACUUUUUCGAUGAGGAACAAAGCAAGAGGCAUGUACUGCAAGAGGGUGAUUCAUUAUCAUUAUGCGCUGGCGUAUUGAUUCUCCGCUUUGGGAGGAAAGUUCUGUCACGCCAUCAGCUAGGACUGAUGGAUAGCUCUGCCAGAAAUGUGUCAAAACUCUUGACACAGUGCUUGCUUAAACAAAUAGUUCUAAGUGGAUUUAGGGUAGGCAUGGACUAUGGGCACCUCCUAUUCUGUCAAGAUGGUGCGGUGGAAUUUCAUGCUCUCAUCUGCUCUGCAUUACUUGGAGAAGUGAAAACUGAAAGUGUCAUUCAUGCCUUCUAGUGGCAUUUGAUCAGUGUUGCUCAAGGCUUUGAGCUUAAAGAAUAUGUAUGGUUCUGGGGAAGGUAGAAUAACUGAGUUGCUGGGAAAUGGGAGACCUCAAUUUACACCUCCUGUUCUGUGUAUACCUCCUGUUGCAUGCAAUUAGAGAGCUGUUCUGGCCAAGAAUUUCCAGAGUAGUAGUCUUUUAUUACUCUGUUGCAGCAGAACCAACUAAGAGCUUUGUGGCACAUGAAAAGAGUUAGAGGUACUUAUACACAUGGUGAUGGUGGGAAGUGUUAACAGUGAGGAUGGAGGGAAAUAAAUAGUAAUGAUUAUGGACAGGAUUCUUCCACUUGUGCAACAGUACUUCUUUUCCUCCUUUCAUGCAACCCCCAAAAUUGGCUCUGUGGGGGUUGAGAGAACCCUCAGAACAGCACAUAUGGGGGAGAAGUAGUGGUAUCUGGCAAACUGUAAUGCUUGCAUAUACAGAAAGAUUGUAAAAGCAGGAUGUUGAAUUCUACCGUGUUUAAUUAACUGUAGACCUUAACAUAUCACAAUAUAAAAUCUUUGCUUUUGUCAGCAAGUUAAAUAUCCUUUAUCUUGAUUCAGUCCAUAGGUGAAUUAUAGCAUAUUAAGAGAUUUAUUAUGAAUUGAAUUGAGACAAAUGAUUUUUAUCACAGUACACGUAUUAAGGCUUAGUAGUGUCAAUAUGUUUAUGUUAUCAAUAACUGGUUUGUGGGUGUUCAUAGUAAAUUAUGUAAUUAUCACUGUCCUUUUCUGCAUUUCUUUUCCCUCUGACCUCAAUGUUGGUAAUUCCCUCACCAACCAUGUGUGGAAGUCAGGAUAACUCUUGAUGAUGUGAACUGUAGUCUGGACCAAAUGUGUUAGUCCUUAAAGUGCCACAAGAUCCUUUUCCAUUUCUGUCUGAGAGUGUAUAUAAAAAGGUAAAGGUAAAGGACCCCUGACAGUUAAGUCCAGUCGCAGAUACAGUCAUAUAAAAUUGCUCUUGACUUUGUUGCCUUGCGGAUAACCUAGCAUAGUUAUCCACAGUUGCUGAAACGUUGCUUGAUGUGCUUGACCAAUAAUGCUUAGAAUUGAAAGUCAGCUUUGAAACAAUUAGAUAUCGUCACAUUGCCCAGAAUAACUGCUAGAUUCCAGAUCAGCAGAACAAGAGCCAACACAUUUUAGCUCCGCAAGUAACAUGAACAUUACUUUUAUGAAAAUGGAACAUAAUUGUAUAGGAAUGCCAUUUGAUGAUAUUUAGGUAUAGCUUUGAAUGAGGUUUCACAAACCAGGACAGAUAACCCAAAAGUAUAAACAUCCUCCAACAAUUGUCAGCAUAAGAACAAACAAUUAGCCUGAAGGCAGAAUGAUCUAGUAGUGACCAGUGCAAGACUCCAUAGAAAAACUUAACGUUUCAGUCCCUGUUGAGUUCUUCUUGGUGGUCUGAAGCCUCUGUUGGCCUACACUUGCUUUAUGUGUGACAGGAGCACUCAUUCCGAAAAACUUCACACUUUCUGUCAAACAAUACCUGAUGAGCUUGGGAAGGCUAAACUAACUUUUCCGUGUUCCCUGUGGAGAUCCGUGUCCUUAUCUUUCUGCCACAAAUGGAAUUUUUAAUAUCCCCAGGCUUCCAGGCUUUCCCUAAGUACCAAUGUUUAGAUAUAGGCUCAUACAUAUUCAUUCCACAUCUGGCCAGAAGAACAGUUCCCUGUAGCAGAGUUGUCCACUUCUCUAAAAUCAACAUCUUCUGGGUCAAGUUGGGCAGACAGCAUUUGUUUUCCUCACAGCAGGUCUUGCAAGAGGGAGUCUCAUCACUCUUGAGUUCCCCUUCAGAUUUUCUCUUUGUUCUAGGAGAGGGGCAGGGAAGAAAAAGACAUUAUGUGCCUUCUUUGCUGCUCUCAUGUGUUACAAGCCUGGUCAUAUUGUGCAGGCAUAUCUUCUUUUAGAACAUGCUUUUAGAGCACCUUGAGCAGGAAACAAUGGCUUUCUUUUCCUGACUACUACCUUAGACUGUGACUUCUUUGUAGCUCCUUUUUUAAAAAACAACUACAUGAAGACGUCAUAUUUAAUAAUAGUAUGUGUCGGGCCUUUCCCUGACUCUGAGGUGGGCUGCAGAUGGGCUUUGUCUCAGGCAUCAGAUCAAGGAUAGUAGGGUCUGAGGCAAAUGUGGAGUUUGAGCCAGGCAGAAAGAAGAAUUCCAGGGGUUGAAGGGCCAAAGGCAAACAAGUUAUGAUCAGGAGACCAGAGGCCUAGACAGGCAGCUUGUACUGACAAGUCUGCAAGGGCUUUUGGGGGCUUGGUGGGACCUAAUUGACUUGGAGAGACAGUUGACAUUAUUGGAGGCACCACCAGUUCUGAGAGGGUCUUCCAAUGCCUCCCCCCCCCCGGUCACUCCAUUUCCGCUCCUGGUUCUUCACUCUUCUCUUUGGCCUGUCUAUUUUUUGUUUUUUAGGUAUAGGUAUCAGCAGCAGUGGUGCUGCUUUUCACCCUCCCUUUCUCUGUGACUGGGUAGGUUGCAAGCAAGCAAGACAAAGCUGCUUGCCAGCAUAUACCAGAUCCUUCAUGACUCCAGCUUACAAACAUUUCCAUUAACAAAAAUUCAGAACCCAAGGCAGGAGUGGGAGCUGGCUCAGGCAGUAAGACACUAGCUUUGACACUGCAGAAUUGUUGAGGAUAAAGGAGUAAAAGGCAUUGGAACACUGGCUGUUGGAAACCUUGGUUUGAGACCCCCUCAACACUUUUCCAUGUGGCACAGAAUAGGAAUGUGGAACCCCUUUCAGCCUGCGGGCCAUAUUCCCUUCUAGGAGCCGCAGUGGCAGAUAAUGACCAGAGACAGAAGUGGAUGGAGCAAUUAAUUUGAACAUUAAUGGUAAGCGCACACACCAUCUCUAUCCAGGCAGGCAAGAGACAUUAUCAAAGUUUCAGGAUUUCAACCAGGAAAACACUCAAGGAAGGUAUAAAACAGGGCUGGUGAGGUGUGGCCUUGAGAAACCCAGAAGCCAGAUAAGAGAGAACUGGAGGGCUUCCAGGUCUGAGGUUCCCCUUCUGCUUUAGACUACCAGAGCAUUUGAGUUGUUGUAUUUAUCCUCAUUGCCUUUGUUACAUGAAUACAGAUGCGUGAAGCUUCACAUAUGCCCACAAAACCCAGCUUCCCUCCUGGUCUAUCAGGAGCUAUCUGUUACAGACUAUCACCCUCUCUUCGUUUUGAUUUAUCGCUGGACAUAACUGGGUUUUGGAGCUUUGUCUUCAUCUUGCUGCCACAUAGGGACAGGAAGAUAAAUCUAGCCUGUGAAUGUUUAGCUGUACAGUUCCAGCAGCACAAGGGAAAGGGAUGUCCUCCUAUAUCCCCUUGACUAGGAAAAUAGAUCUGCCAGGAUAGCUUUGGAGUGUUGAACUUUACCAGAUCUUUGUACAAUGUGCGUUGAAAAGAUUCCAUGUACUUCAAAAUAAGAAAUUUGGCUGAAAGGAUAUGAUUUAGGAAGGCAGAUCAGAUCUCUGCUGAAAAAGGAAAAAGAACCUAUUAUUGCAAGUGCUGGUACAGUUCUCAUAAAGGACAAUCUGUAUACGUAAGUGUUGCAUAACUAUUGAUAGUUUGCAAUGUUACAAUCUUCCAUAAUGGAGAAGGUGCCUGAAUUUCAAAAGUACCCAUCAUUUUACCCAGAAAGUAAGAUGAUACUCCUUAAAUAUCCAGUGUGGGAUGGGAAGAAGAGGUCAUUUCACUGAAUUCAGUAGUCAGCAGACCAGGCCUUGCACUUUUGUCACAAAAAUAACUUGCUUUUUUAAAAAGGGUGAGAGAAAUCGACCAAUUCACAGGAUUAGUUCUCUACAGGAAGGCAAAAUCAGGUCAGCUUUUUGCAGUGUAGGCUACCCUUAAAGCACCUGCUGGUUCAGAAAGGAGAAAUAGACAAGCUCUUAUUCCACCAUGACUUGAUGUUUGUGGACCUGUUGGUCUCUGACUUGGAAAAGCACCACAUCCCGUGCGGCACAGGGAUGGCAUGUUGGACUGACUCCUGAAGCAGGUUUGGAAUGAAAAAUGUGCCCUUGCAGGGUCACCCUGACUAGCAAGCAGCUACCUGUUUUCAUUAGUGGAGCAUGCAGAGACAUACCAGGUGACAUAAAAGGCAUUAAGUUCAAGAGUCUGGAAAGUGUGGGUGUGGGAAAGUCUAUGGGGUUCAUGCCGAUAGCUUUGCUGAAAGGUCAGCUCCUUCCUAUUUAAGUGUUUUGUUUGUAAAUAGAAUGUAUUUUAUUUAUAAUUCUUAUCAUUUAUACAAAAAGAAUUACAUUAAAAAAUAUAAGUAUUUCUCGAUCAGUGUUACCCUUGUGCUUGAUGACCAGAAACAAGGUUUUUUAUAUCAGGCUCUAUUGCUGUGAGGAAUAACCCAAAGAUCACCUCUGACCAUUAUAUGAAGGUGGUUUUGCGUGAGGCUAUGUAACUCUUGCAUUCAGCAACGUAUCUCUUUGUGCAGUAAUACUUGCAUGAAGAGACAGCACCCCGCACACUUAGCACUGCUGCAGCCGCGCAGCAUUGGUGUGCGGAAGUGGGAGGGAAAAGGAAACGGAAGCAAUGUUGCCGCAGAGUGUGCGUGGUGCUCCAUCCAUUGGGAAGCACAGUCACUUCUCUGUUCACUCUACAUCUUUGUUUUCUUUUCUCAGUCACUUCUCUGUUUUUAUCACUUCUCACUUCCCUCUGUAGCUCCCUAGUCUCAUGCCGUGGCCCCCCAUUUAUCCAAUUUCUGGAAUAUCAUGGGGGCCCCCAGGGAGGCAUAUGCCCCCCCGGUUGGCGAGCACUGUUUUGUUAGCUUGUGGGCAAGGACUGUUUUGUUGCAGAUUGGUUUUGUAUGAGCUGCUCUCUGAGACACUGGGCUGAAGAGCAGGACACACAUGAAUGAAUAAAUACUAAGAGUGGCUUGCAUUCCUUAAAGUACAUGCUGCUUCUGGUGUGGAAAAGAAUGGGUUAAAUGAGCAGCCUGUACCUGAUAAGGGAACUUGGCAAGGAAAUAGGUCAGAUCUUCACCCUUGAUUGAGCAGAGAUAGUAGAGAUUUACUGCUUCUCUCUCUGCAGGGGAAGAGGUGCAGAGGUCUUGCAGUUAAAUAUAGUUAAGCUACGGCAGAGAUACAGGACUGGACACCACAAGUCAAAUUAUUUUCCCCAAAGAGAAAGAUCUGGAUAUCUUCCGCUUGCUUUUUCUGAGAAGAAUAACCUGCCUUGCUUGUUCUUUCUUGAGAGCUGUCUCUUCCAUGUCACUCCUGCUCUCUUGUUCCUUUGUUCCUGUCAGAAUGUCCGAGCUCACAAUUCUCUUAAACUCUGUUGAGAAUAUUUGGUGUCCUUGGGCAGGUUCUAGAUGACUUGAAGGGCUUUGUACCUUUGCUGUGGUGGUUUGUAGUUUUUCUGUAUUUGUCAUUGAUAGAAGAGACUUAUAAGGGGCAGUUCCAGCUGCUUUAUAAUGAAUCUUUGGUUCCCCCCCUUUUUUUCCCUUUUUUUGUGUCUUCAAGACAGAUGAUUAAAGGAAAUUCUCCAGUAAACAAAGAGGUGGCAAAUGGUUUCUAACAGAACAUCUAACAGAUGCUGUACAGAGCAUCUCAUGGUGGUUAUUUUUGAUUGUUACUAUGUUAUGUGUUUUUAUAUUUUAAAUUGCUUCGUCAUCCUUGGAGGAAGGGCAGUAUAGAAAUUUAAUGAAUCCUCCUCCUCCACCUCAUCAUGAUAGUAAUAUACACUGAAAGCCUGUCUGGUCCAGUGGAUAGAGAUAGACUUGUAACUGGAAGGCCCGCAUGCCUUAAAAUUCCACCCUUUGAGCUAUCUUUUAUUAUAUAUGUAAAACACUAUUUAUUCAAGGUUCCUAAUUUCUCUUUAUGGUAUUGAUAAUCUCAAUCUCAACUUCUUUUCAGUCUUCCAUGUGAUGGACCUUAAGAUAUUUGAAGAUGGCUAGCAUAUGUCUUCUCAGUCUCCUCUUUUCCAUGUUAAAUAUACCCAGCUCCAUCGACCGUUCCUCAUAAGGCUUGGUUUCCAGACCCUUGAUCAUCUUGGUUGCUCUCAGGACUUCCGGGUUAGUGCCAUCGGCAAUGGCGGAGUUCCUCUGACCGAGAGGAACCCGCUCCGUGAAAAUCGGGUCUUGCCGCCGCGGCGAAGGCGGAGACCCUCUAAAAAUCCCAGGCGGAGGAAGCCUGGGAACGUGGGAUUCGGCUGACACCAGGAGCGCCUCCCCUACUCGCAGGGAAACCCUUUUCGGGGAUCCGAAGCGACGUGGGGUGAGUGGCGCGGUGUUUUGAAUCAACCGCUACUUUCACGGAGUGAAGCCGCACAGCCGUUGUCGGAGAGCGCUGACUUUUUCCUGUGGACAAUUGGACUCUAAACAAGUACUCGUGAGUAGAACGGAAAAUUGGAUUAAGAAACAUUUUAAUUUGGCACUGAAGCGGGAAGGCUCUAAACAGGAAGUCCGCCUCCCGUUUUUUGUAAAUAGAUUGAAGCAAAAACUUUGUAAGCUAAAGUCUGGAAAGUUGUAUAUAAAGGUCUAAAUUUCCUUCAGCUAUUACCACCAAAACCCCUCUUGGAAGCAGGAGAAAAGAGGGGGAAUUUUUGUCUGUUUAAGCCUGCAGGAGAGAGAGUAAAGAAAGAUAAAUUUCCACCGUCUCAAACCUGGGAACGGGGUGUCAGAGACAGAAAUUUAUGGGGAAGUUCAUCGACUGUGAAUGGAACGUCUUUUGACAGAUAGUAAAAGAGAAACAAAUUGACUCCAAUGUUGCUUCUUGCAUUCAAAAGAAACAAAGUAUUUGAAAAAUGAAAGUAAUUUUCUUUUGUUGGUCCUGCUUUCAAAAGAUGGAUACAAAUAGAAAUUGUCUCCUCUAGAGGGAGCUUGUUAAUUUGUUGCCGGAGUCGAUCUGGGGAUUUCACAGCUGUAAGAUUAGGAUCGUGAGACCAGACUCUGACCUUGAAUAAAAAUGUGUUUAGAAGAAGUUUUGGUGCUUGCUUUUUGCAAGACAAGCGCUUUGCUGGAGCAGAUGCAUGAGAAGAUGGAUUUGAUGACUGUUGCAGUUAAAAACUUUGGACAAACGGCGAAUACCCAUAUAGAAACCAUUCAGGAACCAGCCCAGGAACUUGUUUUGACAGGGCAAGCGCAAGUGCAGAAGAUAAUGGAGGAGGUUGCUGUUGAACCUCAAGUAACACAAAUGGAGAGAUCCGAGGCCUUGCAGGAGCAUAAGCCGCUGUUCUUGAAGUUUGAAUCUGGAGUGGACCAGGGGGGGUCUGGAGUUGUGAGGGCUCUUAAUUUUGGAAGGACUUUGAAACAUGCUUUUAAAUACUUUCUGGAUUACAGUGUUGACUGUGGGGAAUGGGACUGUGGGGAAUGUGCUGAUCUGCUGAGGAGAGAUGGAGAUAUUUUUGGAUUGGAGUCCUCCCGAGACCUACCCCCAAUGAGAAAGGAAAGAAAUUAAGAAAAGAUCAACAAAAGACAAAGUAAAGUGCAGGUAUAAACAAGAAGAAGAUCUGCAGAAGGGACAUGGAAAAGACUUAAGAGCCUCGGACAUAAGAUCACCAGGUUGAUGGACUAGAUGGAAUGGACAAGAAGGACUGACAAAACCCGAGACCAGGAAGAAGAGACGUUGGAUGAAGAUUGGAAGAAAGUUUUUAAAAAAUUUAUUUUGAGAAUUAAUGUAAAAUUAACGAGUAUUAGGAAAAAUGUUGGAAUGAAACUAUUUGGCUUUAGUAGAAAUGAUAUAAGGAGUUAUGUACUUUAAGUUUUAAGGUUUUUCUUUUUUUUAUGGUAACAUAAGGUUAAAUAAAUUAAGGUAAAUUGAAUGACAGAAUAUAGUGAAAGAUGGAAAGGAUUUGUUGAGUUAAUUAAAAGGUUAGAUCGUUAAGAUAAAUUAUAUAACAAAAAUUGAGAAAGAUGGAAAGAAUUUGCUGAAACAAUUAAUUAAAUUAGAAUACAAAAAGGGAGGUGUGAGGAGGUCGAUGAAACAAGUAAAUGAAAGAUAAAGAUAUGGAACAUUGGAUGUGUGUUUUAAUGUUAUUGUGUUUUUCUUUUUUGCUGUAUUGUUGUAUCGUUUUUUAUGCUUUUCUUUUUAUGUAUUGUAAUGUAUGCUUUGUCAAUUUUUUGUUGUUUUCUUUUUUUCUUUUUUCUGUAAUUCUUAAACUUUUAAUAAAUAUCAUUUUUUUUAAAAAAAAAUAAACUUGGUUGCUCUCCUCUGCACACAUUCCAACUUGUCAAUAUCCUUUUUAAUUUGUGGUGCCUAGAACUGGACAUAAUAUUCAAAGUGUGGUCUGAUGAAAGCAGAUCCUUGAAAAAUUGUGGCAAUCUGGUGAUGCUUUGCCGCAGAGAAGGUUCUCUUUAUGAGGACUCUCCAGACGCUUAAUGGUGGUCACCAAGCAGUACAAGAAAUGAUGGUAGGAUGAUAGCAACCUGUAUAAAUUGCUCAGUUCUUGUUGCUUUGGGUAUAAAAAAGUGGAGUCCUUGAAAUAUAUUGUCUAUAAGAUUUUUCUGUGAGCAUGUCAGUAUUCAAAUGAUGAACUGGAAAACAAAAUAGGCUUUGACAUGUUAGGCCUGCUUUUCAUGACAGUUGACCCCUUUUAUAUAGAUAGAGUUAUGCUGGAUGCUGGGAAGCAUAUGUGCCCCUGGUACAAUGAGUGAUCUUGUGGUUCUGCAUAGGCAGCUACAAUGGAGGGAGCACAUGACUAAAAGUGCACUUGAAUUUACUAAAUAUUGUAUCUUAGGUUUGAUUCCAUAAUACUCAUAGGCAAUAUAAGUCGCUACUCAAUUUACAGGGGGACUGUCUUCCUUUUUGUAUCUACUGUUAUAGGGCCUUUCAGAAUGUGCAGCUUGUCGAUUUAAUUAAGAGCCCCCUAGCAUUUGUCCCAUAAGCCCAAGCAUUGCUGUAAAAUCUGGAUGUAGCUGGGUUCUUGUGAGUGGCUAGUUAAUUGGGUGUUUUCUGGUAGUCACCCUAGUUUUUAGUCCCUGUGUCUCCUCUCUUGGUUGCUGUGCUGUCAAAGUCCGUCUUUUUAAAUGGCUUUAAAUGUUCUGUGCAGUGGAAGUGUGCAUUAGCAUUCUGUGUGUUACAGUAUCUGAUUAAUUGGUUUGGGGCUUCUGUUUCUCAGCCACAGCUAAAGACAGUUUGUACAAAUGCCAAAACAGCCCAUCUUGGCCCAUUUGUUAUCCUAAGCAGCCACUCUCCCCACUGAAUACACCAAGUUGAGGCAGGGAGCAGGAGACGUUCCCCUUUCAAGCACAAAAUGGCCAGUCUCUGGAACAAGCAUGCCAGCUUGCCCCCGUGAUUGAGGGGGCUGGUGCUGCCCACCAUGUGCAUCUUCCGUGCAACUUGCUGAGUCAUUUCCACAUGCUGCGCGACAUGCUGACAUGUUGUGAGCAGCGUGUGCAAGUGAUGUCAGCAUGUCGUGCAGCAUAUGUACAUGGUGUGCACAUGGUCACCAUGGAAUUUAGAGGUUGCCUGGCCCCCUCCUUGAAAAUUGGGGGGGGGGGACUUGGCCCCCUGCCCCCUCCAAUGGUGCCCCUCCUCUGGAACACUAUCAUAAAGGGCUGUAACCUACACAAGAAGAAAGUUCGCAAUCAAAAUGAUGAGGGCCUAAGGAAUGAACUAAUUUUUUUCAGCCACUUCAGGUUUGGGUUUGUAAAAUGGUUGCUUUCUGUUUUAGAGGCUGUUAUGAUUGCAAGGCUCAAAAGGUCAGCAUAAGAAAUCGAGAUUGGAGAGGAAAAAUAAUUUAACAGAAAUGAAACUUAAGCAGAAAUUUACUAAACAGCAGUGGCUGCUGGUGCCCAUUAAGAUUGGUAGGGUGGAAGUCAGGGAGAACAACAGUAGGUAUAGCAGAGCCAAAGACAGGUAAAGCCAACUAAGAUUUGUCCCUAACCUCCUUCCUACAAAGUUCUGCAAAGGCAACUCUGAGAUGGAGGAGGCAGCCAGCAGCUAGGGCCACCCACUAGACUGGAGCCAAGAAAGAAGACAGGCUUAAGGUGGUGGUGGCUAAGGGCAGACUGAAAUUGGUGGGCAGCACACUAAUUGCUCUGAUGGAUCAAUCACAAUGUCACUGAGAAGGGGUGGGGCGUAUUUGGACCAAGUUGAUUGAGAAGAAGAUCCCACACUCCUAUUAGCUAAUUCAUUAGAAUUUUAGAAAACAUAAUGGAGCUGAAUGGAGUGCCCAGUGGUCAAGGAACAAAUCUUCAAACUGAAGGUCCUUGUGCCCUUCAUCAUACUGCUCAACUUCCUGUUCAAGCACAUAUGAGGGCCCUAUUUAUUCUUUAUUUUAGCUCAGUAAAACUAUUUUUGUUACUAUCACUAACGUUUAAUAUAUGACAUUAGACCUGCUUUGCCUUGCCCCAGCAAAUCUUCUUUCGGCAAGCAAAUAAACAGCAUUAUAUGUUGCUGUUGUAGUAAAUGUCAAGUAAGUGUGUGCUUUAUGCCUGCAUUUCAACUCCAAUUUUCAGUGCUCUCUUUUCAGUCCCUGUUAGACCUUCUCCCAAUUGAGAUUAGUCCCAGGCAGCUUGUUUGGCUGUUUCUUAUUCAGAGCAAUGUCAGUGUGUUCUUUACAAAUACCCUAAAUUUAAAUAUAAGCCAGUUGCAAAUAUUCCUGUCUGUGUCAUUUAUGUAAAAUACAGUUCCACUCUCCUCAAACAAAUGCUGUGAAAACCAAAGGGCAUGAGCAUUGUCUCUUGUGCGCUCCUGUGCUGCCCAGAAGCAAUCUUUCAAAUGCCCUUUCCGCCAAAGUGGUACAUGCUCAUGCUAGGAAAUGUCUUCAGUGCACUUUUACUAACAUGAAUGAGACUGGGGACCCUGGGGUAAAGAGAAGGUGUUGAGUUCAAAGACAACAGUUUUAUUUUAUAUUUCUUUGAGGACUCAAGCAGCAGCUGUGAUGGGUCAAACCCAUUUCCUAUGAGGCAGAUGCCCCUGAGAGAAAGUGUGAUUGCUGGAUAACCCUGUUUCAAAGAUAGCCAACUGUACUUUUGUAUUGGAGUCCCCACCCACAGUGUACAGCCUGGUGCUGAACACACGUAUUUAUCUCCUUGUAGAUCUUUUCUUUGUAUGCAGCACCGCUUUCUCCAGGGAAGCAUGUGUCGUCGUCCCCUUAUCACUUGCACUAUAGACUGUAGUGAUUUCAGCACAGAGAUUAGAGGAGGAAAUAUAUAUUUUUGUGUGCAUAGCUUCUGCUCUGACUUCAACAUGUUCCUUUUCUCUCUCCUUCCCCACCCCUUGUCUUCCAGCAUUUGUCGUCAUGAUAAUUAUAGCCCUUCUCCGGAUUUCCAAAGGGAAAGGGGAAGGCCACCCUCCUUUAGCGCAACUCUCAGGGAUCCGCAAUCUCUUUGGGGUGUGCGUUUAUUCCUUCAUGUGCCAGCACUCGCUGCCAUCUCUCAUCACUCCCAUCUCCAAGAAGAAACACGUUAACAAGUUGGUCCUGCUGGAUUACACCUUAAUCCUGGGUUUCUACAGCCUCUUGUCCUUCACUGCUAUCUACUGCUUCAAGAAUGGGACUCUCAUGGAUAUGUAUACGCUCAACUUCACCAGCUGUGACAUUGUCAAUAUCGCCGUUAUCCGCUACUUCCUGGGCCUCUUUCCUGUCUUCACCAUCAGCACCAACUUUCCUAUAAUUGCUGUGACUCUGAGGAACAAUUGGAAGACGCUCUUCCACCGGGAAGGGGGAACCUACCCAUGGGUAGUAGAUAGGAUUUUUUUCCCAGUCAUCACACUCAUUCCCCCCAUUAUCGUGGCUUUCUGCACCCACGAUUUGGAGUCCUUGGUGGGCAUUACUGGAGCCUAUGCUGGGAAUGGGAUCCAGUAUAUCAUCCCUGCUUUCUUAGCAUAUUGCAGCCGAAAAGACACUCAGCUGAUCUUUGGAAAUGGCACGCUCAAUAAACAUUUGUCCCCUUUCCGGCACACAUUCUGGAUUGGAUUUGUCCUACUCUGGGGUCUUUUUUGCUUUCUGUUUGUGACUGCAAAUAUCAUAUUGAGUGAAACUAAGCUCUAAUGAUGGAACGAUGCCGUUUGUUAUCAAAGAAACUGGAGUUGACUUCUGAGACUUCUUCUGAUCUUGCACCUCCUAAGAACCUGCUAAUACCGUCUUGAGCUUGAUGCUCACUUUAUCAAUUUUGGGUGCAGUGCUGCUUGUCGGGUUCCAUUCUUAAUUCAGAUUUUCCCCUUCAAAGUAUAAAACUUAGAGUGUGGUCACUCUACCAGGCUGCUGUGGCCGCACAGCAUCUCUCUAUAUUUGCCUUGAUCACAGAUUCCCAUACAAACUGUCUUCCUCUCUUGUCCUAUGAUAUGUCAGAGGCUGUCAGAUAUGCAUCUCUCCCUCAAGAGUGAUGGAGAGGUGAGCCUUGCUGAAACCAGUCAAGCAAGCAGCCAAUGAAAGCAAGCAAUGAUUCCUUAUCAUUCUCAUGUCCCCUGAGGUGACUCUCCUUUUUUCCUCAACUAACAGGGAAGAAUCAAGAGAAAGAUGGACACAACUAGUUGAAUCAGAUUUCAUUGAAAUGUUCAAUGGCGUAGGGUCAGCCUACACUGAAAAAAAUGAGGGAGAAAAUGCCCAGGGGUAGAUUCUUCCCACUCCAGCACUACUGUUGUUUCCUCCAUUUCUGUUACAGUCUUUCCAGCACACAUCUGCCUUGCUGCAUGUAAUGUGGGAUCAGAUGCAUAGAUGUUACUGUGGAUUUAAAUGAAUACUUUUCAUCUGGUGAGCAUUUUGCUUCUGUUCGCUUUUGUGUUUUCUGUAUGUAAUGCCCAAUCCCCUCCAUACUUGAUUCUAUGCAGAGGGUGAAAAGGAGGUUGCGGUUAAGUCUGGGUGGGUACCACCAAAGCCUUAUUUCAUGAAGCAUUGAAGGGAAAGCCUGUUUCCACAGUUCUUUUUUGCUGCUAAGUCGCUUCAGCAUUACCGUGGUCCUCUGUUUCAUACCAGUCCUGAGGCAGCAGGGCAGGCCCUGACUGCAGCACUCUCCAUCGCAGGCACGAAGGUGCUAAUUACUUGCUGGAUGAGUAACAUGUAAAAGAAGCACAGUUCUCAUUUCCUAGCACCUCACCUGCGUGUUGCCAGAUGUGGAGGGCAGCACCUAACAGCGUCUUUAUGAAGAAAUUGUAUGAGUAAGUGUUACCAGAGAGAAUAAAAUCAUGAGUGGAAGCUAAAGCAAGAGACAUUCAUGCAGCCAUUGUUUUCUGUUUGAAUAUAAAGGCAAUCAUUACUUCCCAAAGCACACUAAAUUGCCAAGAGAAUUCACUCCCGCUCACUAAAAAUUAAUCUCCCACCUCAUCCCAGGUUCAUGGUUGUUGUUUUUUAAGGUUCCCACUACUUUGCCUACAACAUGACCUCUUUUUCAGUUUAUGUAAAUUUAAGCUACAUCUGACUAGUACUGUGCUUUGAAACCUGGGUCUGCCACAGGUAAAUCUAAGAGAUGUGUGUGAGGGGGUCUUAUGUUAAACAUAAAAGAAAUGCAGAUUGGAAGGGGGGCUAUUAACUCCUUCCUUGCCUGUGCCUUAUUUCCCUGUACUCUGUCCCCUAAUGUCACUUUUCCCUUGGCCAGGCUGCUAUAUCAGAAGUAAAUCAGUGUGAGAGACUCCUGGUAGGGAAAUCUGCAGGGAAGCUUCUCUCUUCACCCGCACAUCCCUUUUGCUCUUUAAAUUAUCCUCAUCCUCCACCUCCCUGCUUUAUACAUGAUGGGGAAAGGUCUGGAUUUAAAGACACAGGUCUGCUCCUAAUUGCAUGUAGUUCGGACUGUAGGAUCUUUGCCGACAAGGAGUACUGACCAUCAUUCUGUGAUGAAAUCACAAAAAGCAUUUAGGAGAUUGCAGAGCUUAGGAGGGGUCAUGGGUCACAAAGGUUUUAAUAUGAGGGAAAUUCAACUCUUUUCACUUCAAAUAUGUUUAAACUGCUUUUUCUAUUAUUAAAUUUCAUCUUCCAAACCCCCGGAUUAUACUUGCCUUUUCCAUCCUGGUGUAGCUGUGAUAUUAAAUUUGACAUUUCAUCAAAGUGAGUUAAGAAAUUCAGUGGUUUUUUAAAAAAUAAAUCAAAAUUACUAUCAAGUAUAAUUAUCAAAAUCAAAUUGGUUUUACUGCAGAAAACCAGAUUGUUGGAAGGUGUGUUAAAAACAAACACAGCAAAUUUUGUAACGCAACUCUAUUCAUAGAUAACAAAAGUCCUUGAUAUGUUGCAUAAAGCUAUGUUUGCCGACUAGGGGGAGUUUGCUCCAGGCUCAAUAAAACCUGAUGACAUCCCUCUCUUCUUCAUCUCAAGCUGUACUUGGCAGUCCUUGCUGGUGCAUCAGAGUCACCUAUACAACCUGAAAGCUUGCAGAUAGCUGAUGCUGCUCCUUUGACACCAGGUUUCUGAGAACUGUCUCUGAGUGAAUUGGUAAGGAAUUACACAGUGCCCAGGUUGAGGGGAAACAAAAUUACAGAUUUUAAGAUUCUAUGUGCACAAUCCAUUUGAAAUGGGAACCAUCCUGCCACAAUUGGUUCAGAAGUUUAACAACUGCUUCCUUCUGUCACUCUUUCCCAUCACUGUUAUAAGACUCUUGUCAGACUGGAAGUGAGAAAACAGAGCUGUCACAUGGAGGCCCAAGCCUGCCCUUGUGCAAUAUGAGACAGGCAAGGAUAGUAUCACUGCUGGCAUUUUAGCAGCAGAAUAGAUGUACCUGAGAAAUGACCUAUAAAUGUAUGGAAAUUGCAUUGUGGCAAUCUCAUCUUUGGCUGGCUGUAGAAUGUGCUUAGCUGCUGCAGUGCAGGACAUCUUCGGGAGAAGACAAGCCUAAAGAGGAAACCCUACACAAAUCUGAAGUGGAGUCCCUAAGGCUGUUGGGUGACAUCUUGUAUGCCUCCCUCCAGCAACCCCUGCAGCCAAGCUGGUGCCAAACGUAUUGCUCUGCUUUCCUUUGGACCACAUCAGUGAGGCCGAGCGGGGGCAGCCUGGGACCUUCAUACACACUGCCCAGGCUUGCCCCACCCCACCCCCGGGAGGACACUGGUGCUGUUACUGAAGCUAAAACAAUAUGGGAGGCAGCAGUUAUGAGUUAUGGUUCUCUGCAGCAGCAGCAGGUGGUUUAAUUCUCUUAACAGUUUGAUUUCACCCCAAGAGAGACCCAUUGCCUCUUGAGAUAGACGGAUGCCAACAAUACAGAAGGUGCUGAAUAACGCAAGCACUGUGUCUACUUCAGCCCCAUGGAGCGGUCACUGAAUUUUUCUGUGCUUUUGACUCUCAAGAUAAUAUGGGUCACUUAAUGCACAUCUUCACCGGCAAUCUUCAAAGAGGUUUCUUCUCUUCUGACACACCUUUUCGGUUUCUCCACGAGCCAUCUCAGAAGAACAGAAAGCACUGGGUUUCACAGAAAGCUGAAGCUGGACAAAUUGCUAAGGUUACAGCCAAACAGCAAGCCUAGUCUGGGACUUCUGCUACUUUAGCAGUUCUGUUUUCCAUCUUGUCAAAAGUGUACUACAAAGCACAAUUAUGCUAAUUGCCUGUAUUGCACAAGAAAUGUGUCCUUUGGACAGCCUCCCCAUCCCCACCACCUCAGCUAUACGUUGUCGUUUGGGAUUUCUCCCUUCCCCUUUUAUCUAAAUCCCAUGUGGCAUUAUGUGCCCUUUUGGCUUAGAUUAUAUCUUUUCUCCUUUUAUGUUGCUCCAAAGGUUAUAAAAUGUGAAAUUUCCUCUUUGAUUUCAAAAGAAACUUGACAGUCAGGGAUGACUUUUCUCUCUGCAUGAAUAGGAAGAGCACUUUUGAAAUGGCUUGGCAGUAGUACCUUCCAUUCCUCUCUCACCUUGAAGAACUUCCUUUCCUGUUUUCUGAUGGAUUUGUAUUGAUGUACCUUCCCAGGUGCCUUCAGUAUGUGAGCAGUGGAGGUGUCUACCUCAAUUAAUGGUGAAAGCCCUACAAGAGGAGGAAAAGUUUGAUGCUAGUAUCACAAUAUGCCUUAAAACAUGAGAGAGAUUGAGGUUGACCAAGAUGGAUAAAAUGUAUGUUUGUGUGUGUGUGUUUAUUUUACUGGCACCAUUACAAGAACCCCAAGGGAUGGGGUGGUGGUAGAAUCUCUCAUUCCUUGGAGGUUUUUAAGCAGAGGUUGCAUGGCCAUCUGUCAUGUAUGCUUUAGCUGAUAUUUCUGCAUCUCGGGGUUAGGCUAGAGGACCCUUGGGAUCCCUUCCAACACUAUGAUUCUAUGAAUCCAGGGCUCAACCUGGCUGAAUAUGAUGCAGUGGCUGAUACCUUCUCCCAUCUGGUUUAACGUGAGACAAUAUUUUUAAUUGCCUAUUAAAAUGUAACAAUUCUUCACUAUGGCACUUUGCUGCUCUGUGUCCUCAGCUUGUCUCUGUAUGUAAUUAUUUUUCAGAAAGGCAUAAAGAAAUAAAUGCAGAUUAUGCAUC